AAAAUUACGAUCAAUGAAUUCGGAUGGAAUCACAUAGGACAAAUUUUCGUACGUUUUCUCACGCAUGGACUGAACUUUAAGAACUUCAAUAUUAGACAGGGAUAUGUUUAAUUUAAUGGACGACUGACAAGCAAUGAAAGCAACGAUAGAUAGCCAAGAAAGGAGGCCGUCUAAUUUCAGUGCUUUGUCAUUUGAAACUUCAGUGGCAAAGGGAAAAGGUACAGUGUAACUUGCGUGCAGUGACAAUUUUCUCAGUCACUGUUUUCUGUUGUUGACUUAAUGUAUUUUACAUUGAGAAUCUGUAAAGGUUAUAGUGACAAAUUCGUAAAAUAUUUCAGGGCACGAGUCCUCUAGUUAUGAGCUUUAGUAUGCCUUGCGGGUCAAACUCUAAAAUCGUAGUGAAAGGUUCUGCAAUUCUCAAUAUAUUAUGCUUAAAAUUCAACCCACUUUUUAAAUGUGAUUUUCAUGUUAUAAAAUUAAUCGAUGUGGUUGGUCCGUGUAGCGAGCAUUUGCUUAGCGACUUCUUUGCCUACCGGAGUAUAAAUUAAUAGGCCUUAGCGAUGGAACACUAAGCUUUAUAUUAUAUUGUCGGUGCUUCGUAAUCGCAGCUUGUUUGAAGAUUUGGUUUGUGAAGAAGCAAACAAACAAAAGUGUUAUUUGAAUUUCAGCAAUUUUUGUGAACAGGUACAGACGAACUGACCUGUGCGGAAAGGAAUUUGAUUGGCUGCAGCAAACGUUGGAAAAUUUUGGCAGAUUAGGAUGAUUUUGCGUUCUAGUCUGUGGGCAGGCAUUCCGUUUCGGGGAUGGGAAGGUGCUAAAAAUCACAAGGAGACAGCGACGGAAAAAUGGAAGAGGGAGAUUGGGGGAUUUUGGGAGAGCCCUCACCGCCUCCCCUCUCCCCAGUUCCUCCUUGGAGGAGGCCUGUUCAAAGGCUAUUGCGUACCAGCAACGUCUGCUAGAACAUGCCUGAAAAGUUAACCUUUUUUAAAUUAAUGCAAAAGAGAUUUGAGAUAAUACAAAUGGAUUCUUCAUAGAAAAGGGAUCUGAAGUAAAAGUUAAAAGGAUACUGUUGCAGCAAUUCGUGACACACGUUUCUUAAAGUUAUCUGCGCGCAUUUUUAAUGGCACAUGCCACACCAAAAAAAGGGAUAGUGCACUGCGCCAUUUUUGUUUUGUUUUGCGUAGUUGAAUUCAUUUGUUCAUUUUCUUUUGUUCUUUCUCCUAACGACAAAUAGACGAGAGAGAGGAAAUUCACAAGAAGACAUUUCGAAAAUGGAUCAACUCCAAACUAGCAAGGGUGAGACAAAUCCGUCAUUGACUGUUUCAAAGCCUGAUUAUAGGCAAUAAAUAUCAGGAUUUUCUUAUUAGCUGACUUUAAAGUAUCGGGGUUUGCACCGAAUUAUGACAUGGGGUGUGCUAAACGGUUUUGUCCCACUGUCCUGAAGACACAAUAAUUAAGAGAUCUGUUAACUUAGGACAUCUAUGUAAAUUUUGUAGGUACCGAAUCCUCCCUACCAAUUCUAUGAAGUGCCAGUGAGUCCCGUAAAUACGGGUCCAAUGGGUAAAGACUAUGUAAUGUGCGUAAUGAACCUUGCACAAGAGUAUAUGAUUUUAGUAUGCGCUGACGUUAAAUGCUUCGUAGUGCCACCCUUAUACACCCUCGAACACUUUUGUAUUUUAUUGUAUUUACCGAGUUCGGCCUGAAUAAGGACCGUAUACCAUUCAUUUCGCUCAGUGCAGGUCAGAAUAUAAUUCAGUGUCGUAAUGCCGGCCUAAUUUUUAGUUUUGGGCUACAAAAGGAGCCAGUGUAUGUAAAACUCUUGUUCUUUUUAAACUUUCCACAGGCUGUACCUCCUUUAGAAAUAGAAGAUCUCAUAGAGGAGGUGCGAGAUGGUCACGUGCUACUCGCACUGCUAGAAGUUCUUCUCGGCACAACACUGGUAAGUCGUUUUUUUUGUGAUGUCCGUCAAUCUUUCCUAGAACAGCACCAUAUAUAACGCAAAAUUAAAUCCCAAGUUUAACGAACGAUAUUAUUUACUCUAGUAGUAGUAAAAUAUAUUUAAAAGAACUUCGAUAUAACAAAACCUGGUCAUAGCGAACACGUUUUACCAGUCCCGGAACCCUUCGUUAUAUUGAGGUUCCACUAUGACCCUAAUGUUCUCACUCCUUAAGGUUUUUUUGGAUGCACGGUUGAAGUAUUAUGCUUCUCCGAUUGGCGUGAUUAUCAAUUCUAUUUGGAUAGAUUCACAGGAUUGUAUUCGCCACUUCAGAGACGAGAGGAAGACUGGACCGAGUUAACUUUUUCAAAGAAUUCUGGUCAGUGUUGUUAGCGACAGGGAAAACUUAGCCAAAAGGCAGCUUUUUGAGCAAAGCAUGCCAACCGGAAGUGACGUUUUUUAUCAUUUUAAAGCACCUUGACGCUACCAAAUUUGUGUUUCUUAGUGUCUUUACUAUUAUAGAGACGAUCUGUCCAAACAAAUUGCGCAAAGCCAGCGUCCAAAAUUAAAAGACCACUUCCGGCCAACGUGUGCCGCUCAAAAACGUCUUUGCUUAAGCUCACUGACGCGUCCCCCAGUCACGAUCCCAGAAGCAAUUGCGGGAUGCGCUUUGGCUCCUUUUCCCUUCUCGUUUCUAAGGUGGCGAAUUUCAUCGUAAGUUCUUAGCGUCAUUCCUUUAUUGUUUGCAAAAAUUUCAACUUAAAUAAAACCUUGUCGUUCGACAAUCUGUUGGAUCUAAUGUGAGUAUUCGAUGAUUAUUAUUUUUUUAUCAGAAAAGAGAGAAAGGUCGAAUGAGGGUCCACAAACUCAAUAAUGUAACUACAGCACUGAAGUUACUAGAACAAAACAGGGUAAGUAUUAAAAUUAAGGAACCUCCCCGUUACUAAAUUUUUUGCAUCAUUUUACUCCCGAAAGAAAGGUUCAUGUGACAAUUAGAAUCAAAGUGAGAUCCCGGGAAACUUAUAACCCACCCCUCCCUAAACCCCAAAUUUUGGCCUUAGUUAGUGUUAUCUUUGUGUUAGGGUUGGGUUGGGUGGGUGGGCAGCAGAUUCCCACAGUCUUAUACCGAUCCAUGUAGACAUGUACCAACCAUUCAAACUCGUGGAGGGGAAACUGCUUCGCUGCAGUGCAAACGAACACACGACAGUAAAGUGUUACGAAAAUGCUUCUUCUCGGGAAUAGUUUCCGUUUUCUUUUCGUAAAUUAUUAUGGAUUUGAAACCGAUUUGGAGAUUGGCAUUUGAACUGACUGGUACCCACGAGUUACGAUACCACGCCCAUUUUUAAAGCAGGCCGCAUUUUUGCUUUUUUCCCGUUCGAGUCCGGCUUAUUUGAAGAUUUUGCCCAAUUUCAUCCAGGUAAAACUUGUGGGGAUCAGUAAUUACGACAUCGUGGACGGCAAAAGCACCCCCAUCCUUGGAUUAAUGUGGAGCAUUAUUCUACGAUUUCAGGUAAGAACUAGUACAUGCACGGAAGUUUGAUCUCACUAAGAUAGCGAAAAUUGUAUUUAAUGUGUUUUAAAUUUUCAUUCUACGAUACGUAUCUUGGAGUGACUCGGAAAUUGUUAAGGCUGAGGGAAGCCUUUAGAUUGAUAACUUUGCUUUUUGUUCUGGCACUACCCCAGCGCCAUAUAUGAACUCGUACUUUGAAGCUCACCUGUUUGUUAACCGCUGACCAGGUUCAAGGUGUGAUGGAAGAGACUGGUUCAGACAGCAGUGUCAAAGAUUUUCAAGUCGAGAAAAAACUGCUUGCUUGGUGUCAGAACGCUCUGGAUGGGUAAGAAAAUGAAUAUUGUUGGAAACCGUGCAAAUAGGACAUUUCUGAGUUUCCACAAGCCUCUGUUUCAAAGCGAGGCUUAUACAAAGCUUCUGAUAUGAAAAUUAUCUUUUUAAUUCUCAUGCAAAUAAAACUCACUUGCACAAGAAAGGUUUUGCACUUAGCCUCGUUUUAAAAGUUAGAGUUUUUAUGAUAACGACAAGUGAAAGUAUAGAGCUGAUUCCGUUUGCUUCAAUCCUUAAUCCUUGGCAAUCGCAACACAUGCGGCCCAAGCUCAACUUGCCAUUAAAAGCAUUUACCGAAAGGAGGUCUCUUGUUGUGGCGGUUUGAAUUACGAAUGUUUGUAAUGGAAACAGAGGGGGGAAAGCUCGCUUGAAACUUCAAGGAUAUUUUGAACUUAAUCAUUAAUUAUUUGAGGCAGCUGGGCCGACUAGCCAUCACCACAAUAGUAUAUUUUAAGCGUUGCUUUGAAAACAAAAAAACAAAAAAAACAUACAUGCAGAUGUAAGUUGGUCGCUGUCCUUGUAUAAUAGACAGUGACACUACUAGUUUUCACAUCCCUGACUCCUCACAUUUUAAAGCGCGUUUUCCUUAACUAUCUAUUCUGAGUGCAGUCGCCUUUAAACUAUUUCCAGAUAUGACGAAGUUAAACUCAAGGACUUCACGUCGAGCUGGAGAGACGGGUUGGCCUUCAACGCCAUCAUCCACACUCACAAGUGAGUUGUAGAGAACAAAUAUUAGGUGCGGUUAACCAUUUUAACCCCGGGGAAAUUGCUGUUGCAGAUGGGAAAGCAACCUUUUGUGCGUGACCGGAUUUCGCAAGGUGACAUUUUCUUGGGGAAAUUUCCAUGUAUACGUCAAAAAGAACAAAAAACGUGCAAUGGAGGAACUUGAUCGCGGCUCAUGGCAAUUUUUUUUGUAUACAGUAGUGGUUGCCUUACCGUGAAUGAACUUCCCGGCAGUAGUUGAUUUCACAAAACAGACGGACCUGUGUUUACUCCGGCCCAAGGUUUUCUGUCUACGCAGCUUUGAAUUUUUCGAAACGAAAUGCUUUACUAUUUAAUAAAAUCUCGAGGAAAACAAAUAUCAAUUCAAGAGACUGCAGUUGCAGCCCAAAGCGUUUAUAUUUGCUCAUCAUUAUUCCAGAGACUACACUCUAAUUUUCUUGUUUGGGAAAUCUCUAUCGUAGGCCUGAAUUGUUUCGAUAUGAAGACAUUUUGCAAAAUGACAACCAUACCAACCUUGAGCACGCCUUUACUGUGGCCAAUAAGGAGUUUUCAGUGCCUACGCUGCUCGAUCCUUCAGGUGAGGCAUAGUUCUUCUUUUAUAAUGUCAUUUCUCUUAUCUUUCGACAGGAUUCUGUCAUUAUUCUAUGGCAUUCAGUUUUUGUACUUUUUUGUGUUAACAUCGAUUGCAUGAAUAUCUAAGUAACAUCAAAUAGCAACUCAUGAACGUGUAUGACAAAUGCGAGAAUGACUUUUUGCUAAUUUAUGAGGAAACAAUCUUUUAAAUGUUUGAAGAGGUUUCUCGAUUUAUCACUGACCAUUCCGUGAACGCUUGUGUUAGUAAAAUAGCAAUAAGGAUCGCAUUUUAAGACCCUUUUCUUGGUAGGGUUUUUUUGUCUUUUGUCUGUUUUGAAUUACUACUGAACAAGCCUGAGAAAUCGAGACCUUAGAGUUUGGUUAAGAAGUAAUUGGCUUUCUUCAUGGGCUGGGAGAAAAGAUUUUUUUUCAAAUGACGCUAUUAAAACCUUCAAGUCUUUGUCACCAAACCACCAGCUUCUGUUUUCCUCAUAUAAAAAUAAAAAAAAGAAAAGAAACACUAAAAAUAGUCUUUUGUAAACUGCGUUUUUUUUUUCGGUUAACUAAAUUACCAACGGUGGCCUUUUUUUAGUUAUUCAUCCACAGCGCCUAAGACGAACUUUAAGUAAAAAACAGCCAUUUUUUGAGCCAAAUAAAAAACAUUCACGUGCCACGUACGACUACGUACGUUAAUGCCAAAGAACUGCUGUUUCAAAGUUUCACUUAGAUUGUCGCAACUCUUGUUUUCUGCCAAAGUCCAUCUCACAGCUUAGAACUUAUCUAUGUGAACAUUGUUCUGGUGAUGCUUUUCAUCAGUUGUGCCGCCGGAUACGAACUCGUGCUAAUCAGGUUCGAUCGUCCAGUGUGUGUACAUUUCAAUUAAGGGAUGUAUUUCAAGAAGUCUAAUUUGCUUCACGCCAUUACUCAUUAGCAGGUCAAAGCUUAGCCCGUUUGCUCUCAACUAAAAUUUCGAUUCAUCCACAUUUGAUUCUUCAAAUCAAUCUUGAAAGAAAAAGAAAAGCUCCUCAGUCUAAGAAAACACAUUUUGAAGAUACCAUCCUGGCGAUAAUUUCCGCCUCCUUAUGCAAAUGCUCUUCCUCUAGAAUGAGUACCAAAAGCAUACCGGCAUACAGAUUUCCUAAGUAUUCAAAUACCGCGUGUUUGAAGAUAAACAAUGAACAGUGACAUUCUUCAAAAAAAUGUCAGUGUUUCUUGAGGCUUUUUAAUUUGUGUUAGAUGGUCUUCGACAGAUAGGCUAGCCUCUGUAAACAAGAAAUAAAAAAGGCAAAUUAAGGGAUACUUAGAACCUGAACGUCGUGUUUUUUUCUAUCUGGUAUCCAAUAAAUCAAGGGAGACACUUUAGAAAUAAGUUAACAAUGAUCGUAAUGAUAAAGCAAGGGCCAACAAGAAUCACCGACAUUACUUAGUCAUCAACUACCUCUACUACUUAGAGUUUUUGUUUCACACGAGAAAUUAAAAAUGCCAAAUCUUUAUAAUGUGCAUUGCCGCGUAUGUUAACUUUUCUGGAGUCAAAUAUUGUCUAAUUAAACAAGUUGCCGUAGACUUAAAAGAUCACUGUGUUUUUACAACAGCAAUGUUGUGUUUUUUAAUACUGUGUCUAGUGGACAACGUGAAUUUGUUUAUAACGAGCCUGAAUUCAGUCAAUUCUUAGCAAGCGUUGUUGAACGAUUGCCUUCAUUAUUUUCCGCUACGUGUAAUUCUCCACUUCGCAAACUCUAGGGAGAAUGGGUACAAGCUUUGGGUACAAUCUCUGGGAGCAUUUGGGUGGACAAGCGUUAGUUAUGAUUGGUCGAUAGUAUUCAAGGCAACUAUUAAUCAAUCAUACGUAACGCUUGUCCACCAAAACGAUCCCAGAACUCGUUGCGCCGAAAGCUUCUUGUACCCAUUCCCCUUAUAGUUUCUGGAGUGGGGAAUACGAGCAUUGCAGCAGGAAAAACUGUAUUUCAAGAAUUAUUCAGGAAAUAACCCUUAAGAUACAAAGUGCAACUGUUUUAUAUGAGUUAGCGAGGGAGGCACGUAAAAAACUUCAUAGAGUGAGUUCUAUUAUUUCAUUUUUUUUAAAUUGAUAUGGUAGUUUUCUUUUAAAACAAGAUAUUGAUGUGGACCACCCGGACAAGAAGCUGAUCAUUAUGUAUCUGACGAGUUUGUAUCACGGGCUGAGGGAAUACACACCACGCGGAGGAAGAAAAAGAAGAAAACUGGACGUGAGUUUUCUUUGUUUGUGAAGUAUACCACGCGUAGAAAAUCAUUUGAACCAAAUCAGAAGAGAAAGAAACACACCAUCUACCCGGUGCAACUGAAAGGCGGGAAAACGCGCUUGAGCAAGGUUUUUUUUCAGCUUUGAUUGGCUGAGGGGGGUAGGGGUCUUUUUCUUGAAGGAGAUUGGCGUGAGUCGUUUAGCCAAUCACGAUAGCGAUUGUGGUGCAUUUUGGUACCAAAGCAGUCAUUUUAGUUGUCGUUGUGUUUGUUAUUAUGCUUGUUUCCUUUUUCCCUUUUUUGGUUUCUUUGUAGUGUUGUUCUUUGGUUUCAAUGUAGGUCUAAGGGCACGUGAAGCAUUUUAAUCCUAAAACACUUUAAAAAAUUGUUGCUAAGAUAUUGGCAAAGAUGAGUGAAUUUUUUUGUUGUUUACAUUUUCAGGAUCUAGGUGAUCUUGAAGCAUAUCGUGCAGCGCUGAAGGAAAUUAACGAUUACAUUGCACGAGUAGAACGAGAGGUUUCCACGAAACUUGAAACCACGAGUCGCUUUCAAAAUCCACAAGAGGAAUACAAGAUUUCAAAGGUACAAUUUCAGCUAGCAGCCUUCUUCGCAUUAGUAACAGCGAAUUGUAAGAAACGCGAAAAAGUCAUAAUUGGAAAACGCGAAUUCAUUAUAAGUGUCGUUUUUGCUGCCGUCGCCGUGGUCGAUGCUAAAGCGCCUGAUGGAAGCGGAAAACGUUGAAGAGCGCAGAAGUUAGAAUUGAUAUUAUAAGGGAGGUUUGGGCAGAUAAAUUUUGUCAAAUUUCCCAAAAGGGUGGGACUGCCAAAAACCCUAGUUAGAUUUCUGUCUGCCAUGGAAUAUAAGCUGCACUACAGCUUAUUUUUUUUGUGAAAUUUGUCAUUUGUAUGCUUUUGCACUUUAGGGCCUCGAUGAUGACAUUUGUAAUCACCGUGAAGACGUUGCUGAUGUAAUCGAGAAAGGAGAAGCGGUAGUAAAAAGCGGCAAAGCUGACGAGAUUCAAUCCACAGAGAUCAAUAAUGAAAUUCUCGUCCUUCAUGAUCGGUGGGAAAAACUGGAAAUACUCUCCCAGAGGUUACAUAAACGGUAAAUAAGAGGCCUUUAAUAUCUGUUACUUCGUGACAGUGUAAAAACGGAGAAAAACGUUUGGAAUUACGUGAGUGCGUGCUCCAUUUUUCUGGGAAACCGCACAUAGAAGUAGGUGUAAAUGCAAUCUCAAGCCAACUUGAGAUUGUUUACGUUUUCAAAGCCAAGAAAAGCAGCAAAUUGUUUGAAAACAUACUGUGAAUCAGUGAAGGUAUUAGCCGCAUUCCUAAACCUGAAGCUAACUGCACGGGUGGUCAGUUCUUUAUUUUUUUAAGAUAGCUAACAAUAUUUUGUAGUAUUUUCAAUACUUCUACUUUGAAAGAUCAACGCUACAGCGCUUUUCCAGUUGAUUCUAGAAUAAAGUUGCCAAAUAAAUGCCCAAUGAUUAGUGAACAAGCUAUGUUAUUUUUUGUAAAUUCCAAAUUAACGUAGCAGCGCCAUAGCCUGUAAAAAGCACCGUUAAUUUCAUGUGCUUAUAACUCAACAAUCUGUUUGUUGAAUUCCAUUUUUCAAAAUUUUUUUGAUUAUUUCUAUCUGGGAGAACCGCCUUAAAAUAUCGAAAUUUUGAGUGGAUCUGUUCCUGCUAGAUGGAAAUUGUAAUCGUUGUAAAAAAUAUAUGUACCAGUUGCAUUUCAGGAAUGAAAUAUAGAGGGUUAUGUACCAAACUUUAUGUUUUUAACGCUUGUACCGGCUUAUAUCAUUAGAUGCCGCGGGGCAGUUGUUUCUCCAAGGGAACAGCAGAUUGAUACUUACAUCAUAUGGAUCAAAGGUAUAAGAAGUGAGAUGGCCACUCGAGGAUACAGUGAUGACCCAGCGCGGAUCAAGAAUGAAAUCAUAGAGCACGAGGUGUGGAGUUUGUUGUAAUAGAUUAGCUUUGUUUUUUCACUGAUUGUGCUUUACUGGGACUGUCCGUCUGUCCGAUUCACUGACUGACUGACUGACCGAAUGACUGAAAAACUGGGUCUCUAGCGAUUGAGUAAUGAAAUACAUCCUUAACAGCUCUCUUAAGGACUGACUGAUUGAAUGUUUGCUAACUCGGCGACCAGUCGUCUGGGCCAACCCAAUGACUGAACAACUGGCUGACCAACUUUCCAACUAGCUAACCAACUGAACGGAUGACAGACCAUUAAAUUGACUGGAUGAUUGGCUGAAUUAUCCACUAACUGACUGCCUGCUGACCGAUUGACUUACUGACCUACCGACCCAUAGGCUGACUAAGUGUUUGGCUGAUUGACUGAGCAACUGGCUGAGUGAUUGCCUACCUGACAGGUUGGUUGGCUAGGUGACUGAUUCACUGAUUUACCGCCUUACUGGCUUACCAAAUGAUUAUCCGACUGAAUGAGCGACUGGCUGGCUGGCUGAUCGACUAAAAGACAUAAGUGAGCUUAAGCAAAGACGACGGCGACGGCAACGAGGACAGCAAAAAGGCAAUGGGGUUAGAUUAGGUGAAACAACAACUCUGCACGUGAUCACGCUUUUUUGUACAUUUCGUUGUCGUCGUUGCACGUUGACUUCGUGAAACUUCCUUAUUUAACGUUUUAUGGAGGACGGGAACACGAGACAACGAUUUUCUUUUUCUUUUGUGAAGUUAGAUAUAGUCCUCUAGAAUAAUCGCCAACCUAUGACAAACUGGAAGAGUUGGAAUAAGAGCGAUGAAAUUUGAAACAGCGCGAAUCCUACUUUUGGUGAGGUUUUGGCUUACGUUGCCGUCGUCGUUGCCUAAGGUCCCUAUUCUGACUUACUGGUUGUCAGGACUUAAACAAGACGUAAAAUACUGAAUGACGUUUUGCAGGUCUCCAAAACAAAAAUAGAACGAAAACAACCCGAGAUUGAACAAGUUUUGGAAGAGGUGAAGGACUUGUGCCAACAACCUUUUAUCGAUGACGAAGACCGUGCUGACCUUGAACGAAAGUCGGAUGAUCUGCGCAAGAACUGGCAGGAGGCGCAAAGUGAAGCGGCGAACAAGGGAGCAGAGUAAGCUAUUGUAUAUGUCGUGGUUUAUUUUUAGCUUUGGUUUAAAACGACUAGUUUCUCCCAUAUUUCGGGGUAUUGUAAUGCUUACUUACAUUUAGUAAUAAUAAUCCUUUAUUUACCCUCGGCAGUAUUUUUGGCACUGAUGCUGGUGGGGCCGAGCAAUUAUCUGAAACAAAUAAUUUACAUCAAACAUAACACAAUAAAAAACCCCAAAUAGCUGGAGGCAAACUAGCUGGUCAUUUACAAGAGCGGCCAAGGAUUGAUCUCGGGACCAUCGAGAACAAAUCAAGCUAGCGGUCAGUGAGGGACUUAAACAUCGGGUCUCCGAAUUGAAUGUUCAGCGCUCUAACCACCUGGCCAUGCUGCCUCUUGUAUAAUAAUGAGUUUGAACAAAGGAAAACUAGAUUUUAAACAAGAACAAAAUUUAACCGCAACACGUACCACGACAAGGCGCAUUCUCUUUGAAAUUCGCGCCGUGUGUUUGUAUCUCAGCUCAGGUGUCAUGGAUUGUUUUGUCAGAGGUAGUUUACACUGGCGUUGUUUUUGUUACACUUGAGCCUAGGCUAAUACAAUUUUUUAAUUUAUUUGUUUAGUUCGUCGCAUGUGAAGAUCAACGUUUGUCCCAGAGACGAUGUUCAGACGUUCUAUCCGUCUGAACAUUGGGUCUGAAGCUGAGGAAACGUGUUGGACGAUCCAAACUCAUUCAGACGAACUUAACUGAGCCAGACGUCGACCGUUUCAUGAACUUAACUCACUAAGUUUGGUUCGUCUCAUGAAAAGUUCGACGUUUGGCCUAGGCCUCAGUUAUUCUUCAAUUUCUGUUUGGCUCCUUAGUGGAACAAGUAAAAAUAACGUAAUUUUGUCCUUUUAGGCUCCAGGACAAGUUGGAAGACUCAUCCUUCACCCUCCCGUCCCCAACUGCGGAAAAUAUGGACACGGAAGUGCUUGUCAAAGUCGAGGAGGACAAUUUACAGUCCGCUCCGUCUGACUUAGGCGCUGAUGUAAUUGAAGUAAGCGUUUGCAGUUGUGGAUUUGAUCCUAGCAGUUAUGUGAUCGACCUAAGUAGCUGUUUUGAUAAGCUCAAAAGCUUUCAGUCAGUAAAUGUAAAAUGUCUCUUUAUAUUUCUCAGCCAACUGUUGAAGAUGUUGUUGAAACGAAACCAAACCGCGUUCAUUACUUGAUUGAAUUUGAAGAUGGCCCUGGGGUCGAUCAAACGGACAGGUAACGGUUUUUUUUUAUGAGAUUACUAGGCACUGAUGGUCACGCAAACAUGAUCUGGUUGCCUAUGCACAGCUUCUUCACACAGUGUUUAUUCGCACAAGGCUCUUAAGCAGUUGUUGAUUCACAUUUAAAAGGAUUUAAUUAUGAAUAGUUUGAGCGAUUUCCGUUUGACCUUAAAAUGAUUACACACGACCAAAACCAAAACAAUAAACGAAAAAAAUAAUAUUAAUAAUUUGAUUGGUUCAUCGAACAGACACAAACGCGCGCUUCUUUUGGUUGGCUUAGCAAAUAUGCAGCGUAUUCCCGGCGAAGUUUGUUGUUGGUUCUCCCGGGGAAAAACCUCCCGGAGCAAAGGAGAACUCCGGUUUUCCCCUCUCCCCAAAAACAAACAUUUCCAGACUCCAAUUCGACCAGGAAUCAGGUGGACGAAGAACCACUUCGUGGAUGUGCUACCUCCAAAUCAUCAUCAUUAUUAUUAUUAUUAUUAUUAUUAUUGUUAUUAUUAUUAUUGUUGUUGUUGUUUUCUAAAAGUAACUUUCCAUAUCUUAGGGGAUAGAAACUGGGCUGCCGAUUGGAUACUCAAACGAUGCUUUUUCCUGUAUUUGGGUUUGCUAUGACAGGAAAACGAUGAGACCAUAUUUUGAUCUUAUCGUCUGCUAGCUGAGAAAACAAAUAACGGACACCUAAGGAAAUCAUCUUUUAAGCUCAAACGAAAAUCGCUCUAACGACAGCACUUAAAAGUGUAUGCAAUAUUCUCCACAAGGAGAGACGAAGAUGAUUUUUUAUGAAGGCGAGUGGGUGGACCAAGUCACGAAAAUUCACUCAAAGUAGGUGGUUCUGCAGCAGUCACGUUAAACUGUACAGGGCUAGGUCACGCAAUUCAAAGAGUCACGCAUAGGUUAAUUAAGCCGCGUCACGUAAUGCGUCACAAAAAAUCCAAGGUUAUGCAGAGUUCGGUUGUCAGGUCACUUAAAGUAGCGCAAACUUUGGCGGACCAGCUCACACUAAAGUGGUGGGAACAUACAUGUCAUGAUGUUACUUCUUUAACUAUUUAGUUACCGAAAUGAGGCAACUGAAUUUGCGGAACUUGUUUUAGUGUUGAUAAAGACACAGAGAAAGAAGCAAAGCUUGCAGAAUUAAGGGAGAAAAAGAAUGCCAUCUUAGACGUGUUACAAAAGUGUUCAGAGAAAUUGGAGAAUUUGAGGUCCAUAGGAGCACCGAACUACUUGCAAGAGGUUAAGAAGCAACAGGAUAUUGUCACGGUAAACAAAUAAAUAAUGUAGUUCCGCUUAGAUUCCUAUUCCCUUGUUCCUAAUCAUAUUGUAUACCUCCGGUUGCGGAAAAGUCACGGUUGUUUAAUCAUUAGUUUGUGUUGUUUUCCCUCCAGGAGUUAAUUCGUAGUUGAGAUGCGUGAUAGCUUUCACUAGUGUUGGUGUCGGGCUUCGUUUUGGUUGUUAAUCGCCAGUAGAGGGAGGAUUGAACAAUGAUCUUGCUUAUGCUUGGCGUGAUUUUCACUGGACUGUGAACCUUCCAUUAAACUUUUGCAACAGUAAAAUUAAAAGAGUUCAUGAUGAACUACAGACCAGAUGUGACAAAGCAGGACUAUUGUCAGUGGCUUAAUUGUGUUGCUACACGGAGUUGAAUUACAAUGCAGCAUUAAAUUAAACCCUUUUGGGGCGUUUCAGCAAGUCAGACCAAGCGAAAAGAAGAAAAAUAAACAAACAAACCAGCCAACCUCAAGACUAUCGAAUUGGCCUGGGUUUGAAACUAUACCCUAUUAAACUGAAACGCGUGCUCAACAAGAACGUUACACGAUUUUUGCUUUUUUUUAUGCGAGAAACAAAAUCGUGAGCAGAAGCAAAGUUCUUCUCGCUUAGUGAGUCCAUAUGCCUCAGACGUCAUUAACUUUUUUUUAUGUGAUUAAAAUUUAUUUACUCCAGGAGUGUGAAUCUGAUUUGAAAGCGGGCGAGCCACUUAUGCAGGACGCCAUUUUGUAUGGCCGAGAGUUGACUCAGGAUGAUCUGUUUGACGCAGACGAGAAGGAGAACAUAACACGUGACAUGGCGCAGCUGCAAGAACAUUAUGACGAGCUUCGGAACUUUGUUGAUGAUGAACAAGAGGGGUUUGUGAUGUUAUUUUCUUUGCCGUCAGUCAGGUCAAGGUGGGAGCCUUGAAUGAUCUUAAUAUUAUCUUUAUACUAACUAAGUUUGUAGAAAUAUGUCAAAUGCAUUUAAACGUUUUUGUAAGGAUGUCACACCCUGACAUGUGGGUGUGCAAAAAUGAGGCACAACCAACGUAGAACUCCGACAAAAAGACCCUUAGUAGUCCCUUCUAACAAAUGCCUCUUAUACCAGGUAUUCGGCGAACGAAUGCCGUGGCAAAAAGACCUCUCUGGCAGGGAACCCGGGGUAGCAUGUUCCAAUUUUCUUUUUAAUGGCCUGCACUCGGAAGAGCUUACAAACGGAUGGGUUUAUCAUUUUGGUUUUACGAUUGAGUCGGUAAUGUUUGAGAAACUGUUCUCAAACUCAAAUUUCAAAGGAAGGUUAGUUUGAAUUUCGACAAGAAUUGCCGAUCAUUUGACAAGCGGCUUCAAAUUUAAUAGUCAUUCAUCCAUUUUUAAACAGAUACCGUAACAUCUGUCUAAAACUAUAGUCCGCUGCGCCUAGUUCUUUUGUUUUAUUCUUGGUGUUUCAAUAUGGGACGAAACACUGCGUCUCGUGUUUGAAUACUCGAAACAUUCCUUCGGGUGUAUUCAUGCGUCUGUUCUUCCAUUAACUAUUCUAGAAAAAGCUUCCCGUCAAAAUUUAGACCCAUUUUUAGUAAUGGGAUCAGCUGAUAAUAAUAGUAAAGUAGAGAACUUGAGAGGGCUUUUUUUCCUGCUUUGACGUUGGUGGUAAUACUUUCUUUUCAUGAAAAGCAAUGGCUGUGGUAAGGUGUGAAUUCUAAAUUAUAUAUUCAGUGAUUAUUUUGGUAAAGUGCUUUCUUAUUUAUUAAUUUGGUUUUGAUAUAUAUCAUUGUUAUGUGGCUACUUUAGCGCAUGGAUAAGCACUGUACAUGAAAGCACCAAUAAAAACUGUUUGCCGCCAUUAUUCCACUAGCGGACGCCAUUGUAAUAAUUGUGACGUCAUAUACCGCAGCUAGUACUGUAAUGCUUACCUUUAUUGCAGUAUUCAACGCGAGUCAAGAUGGCAUGAGCCUACCCUUAGUUUUUCUGCAAGUUUUAUUGUCCGUGUAAAAAGGUUUUUCUGAUGGUUUGUGGAUUUUAUCUGAUAACAAGUUACAACAAAAUUGCCUUGUCAUCAUGUAAAUUUAUUUGCAGAAAACCUGUCUCACGCAAUUAACACGAGCAAGUUUUGAUGAGCUUUGCUUUUCUCCUUGUCGAGGAAAACCUGCUGAUGUAAAUGAGGCUUAAAAUCUCAAUAUUUCCGUCGACUCCUUUUCUUUCAUUUUUCUAAGGGUGGAUUUCCACUGUCGCGUAAUUUUUACGUGCGUACGCGCGUAAAAUUCAUGUGUGUAAAUGUGCGAAAGGCCGCGCUUAAACGUAAGAGCUGAGGGAGGUUCAACUAUUGCGUUUCAGUAUGCACGACUUUUCAUACAUUUCCUUGAUUUUAUUUACGCGCCUGGGGACGUAAAAAUUACGCGAAAGUGAAAAUCCAACUUGUUAGCUCUCUUUCGUGUUGCUUAUGCCAUUUUCCUUUUUUUCUUUUAAUUUUGAAGUCUGAUUGAACUGAAAAAAGAGUUGGAAAAACGAAGUAAGAUACGAAAUUGGGAAACUGAAAGAGACGACUUGAACGAGAAACUUGACAGUUGUCAGGAUAAGCUGCGCAUUGUGCGGGACAACGAAUCAGGAGAAACCAAGGUUGAUGAUGAUCUUAUGGCUGCGGCAAAGGUGAGAUACUUGUUUAACACUUUCUACUGUAUCAGCGAAAUACAAGCCCUAAACAGUCUCCUGGCUGCCCGCAGUAUUUUUAUUCAUGACAUCUAGAUAAGUUGUGUGGAAUCGCCCUGGGAAAAGACGAAAGGAAUUCCCCUAUUUAGACUAAAAGGGGAUGUGCCAUAAACAGGGUAUGGUUUGCGAAAUCCUGAGUCUUACACAGGGUAUACAAUUUCACUAUUUAGCUUUUUAAACAGGGUAUUUUGUUAGACCAUCGCGGUUCGCGGUCUUUACACUUGGCCCAAACAGUUUUAUCAAAAAAUCUUAUUCUGUCACUUUAUUCUGUAUAAGAACUGAAAUAGACGAACUAAAAAUAAAUUGAAUAAGAACCUUAAAAUGAUAUUUUUUCUCUCAGGAUAGUGAAAAGAAUUGUUUUUAUCUUAAUCAUCUUAAAUACCCCUCCCCAAACUUCCCAUUAGAUUCCCCCGGAAUAAUGUUAUCCGCUGGAUAAAUUUCUAUCCAUUGGAUAACUAAGCAGUCGUUUUCCUAAUACAGUGGAACUUCGAUUUAACGAACCUCUACAUAACGAAGACCUCGGUAUAACGAACGAUAUUCCUUGCUCCAUUAAUAGUAAAAAUAACGGAAAAGAACCUCGAUAUAACGAAAACCUCGUUAUAGCGAACAUAUUUUGCCAGUCCCUUGGCCCUUCAUUAGAUCGAGGUUACACUGUAAGUAUCGCUGGAUUGUGAUUUAUCCGGUGGAUAGCGGCGUCCAGCGUUUGAACAUCCGGGACCAGGUAAACUGGUUUUGUCCAUAGCAUAAAGACAAUGUUUCUUUUUUCUUGUCAAAAUUGUACACAUGACUCGCCUUUUUGUGUUGUGUCUGUGGAUAGUUGACAGCUAUAAAUUUUUUCCCCAGGCCUGCUAUAAGGAAGUCAUUUCCCUUGAACCGGAAGUAAAGGAAGUUUCCGAUGCCGGAAAUGAUCUGAUACAAAAGGAAGGCCUCCAUGGUGAUCCAAAAGAGGACAUUGUGAAAGACAUUCGUGAUAUUGAAGACAGAUACGAACAUCUAAAGAAGAGCAGCGAUGAGGAAGUAAAAAGGUAAAAAGGGUUCCCUUCAGAAUUACAGUCUAGGAGGAAUGCUCGGGGUCGACAUGUAGUCGUAUGUUUAGUGUUUCGUCUGCUGUUAUCGUUGCUCUUGUUCAUUGUUGAACGGGUAAAAAACAAACAACAAUAACAACAAUAACAACAACAACAAAACCCAUUGUGUAGGGGUUGGGGAGCAAAGUCGGCGUUAUGCUUAACCCUUUAAGUUCCCGUAUCAGCAUGCAAAUUCUCUCGACGGAUCUCUAUACAUAUUCUACAGAAUAAGUUGGGAGGAUUUGAUAAAAUGUCGCAGCAUUUUUCUUUUGGUGAUCAUUGUAUUAAUUCUCAUAACCUCUUCUCUUAAUUGCGUAUUGAUGAUGUUUGGAGAAAACUGAUGUUUGUCAUUCUUGGGACUUAAAACGUUAGGGAAGUAACCAAAGGUCAGAAUUAGCCUUUCAGGCCGGUCGUUUAAAAGAAGUAAUCAUCUUCUCGAGGUAUUCGCUGAAACCUAUCACUGUCGUACGCACCGUGUGCUAAAUUAGGAACAGACAGGAGGAAAUGCGUUUACCAUUGGACAGGUCUGAUCUUCCAUUUCUGGCAAAUGGUCAGCACCCAUAGAGCUUCACUCAAGAAACUCUAUUUAAUCACAAUCAGUGAGGAAGACCUCCUUAUUUCUCCUUAUUCUUACUGUGGACCUUUUCCACAGAUAAUUUAAAAAACAUGUCUGACCUAUGACACGUUUGAUCUCGGACACCUCUCUCACACACAAGUGAGUAUUCAAAAACCAGUGAUGUCGAAAGGGUAGUUGCUCUCGCACCAGAGGAUUAUUUGGAAAAAAGGUCUUUAAAUAGAGGAUGUAUAAUGUACGAGGAAAAUUAAUCUGUUUGAAAUAUUUAUAUACCUGGGUACUUUAGGCUUGAGGAACUGUUGUCUGAGGAGUCUGACAGAAAUGCAAAGCUUGAUAAGUGGCAAAAAAUCGUAGAGGAAACAUCGUCUUUAAUUAAGGAUAGCAGAUCAAGACUUGAUGAGAUUAAAUCCAAGGAUCCCCACACCACCCCAGAAAUUCAAGAACAGUUAGACGAAAUACAGGUAAGAUACCAAAUAGAAAUAAUGCCUUCCUCAGUAAUUUAUUGUUUUCUUUCUCCUUAUUAAUUCUGAAGGCCAUAUGUCUCUGGAAAAGAUGUUAAGACAAAUAAAGAAUUCUAUGGGCCAGCGGACUCUCCUCCUAUCUUCUUAAAUUUAAUAGAUCGUAGACUUGAAUUUUCUGGUCACAAUUGAAGGCAAAACAGUGAAUUCGGAUCAAGGCCUCCAGCUUGGAAACCAUUUUAUGUCAAAAAAAUCAAAGAUAGAGCACCUUACCAUUGUAAAUCCAUUAGGGUGAUGCAGUACCUCCAAUAAUGAAACGGCAAAAGAACGGGAAAGACUCAUUAUACAGAUAAGUGAUAGUACGCUCAUUGUAGGGUAGUAGUUUUUUUCUCGCUGUUAAGUAGGCUGCCAUUAACGCCAUCAAAAAUAUAAAUUAAAGGCUGUUAUCUAAAACCCCACAAAGAAGUAAUUCCCGCAGCCAUGAGGCGAGAAGUGACAAACACAGGAGAUACUGUGGACGUAAUGAUCACACGAGUCUUCAUAUUUAAGAGUUACUAUGACUAUGACUAUAGUUGUUUUAUCUAACCUAAGAGGAUAAAGUUUUUGGUGUUGCCGAAACUGUUGUCGUCAUUUAACGUUCAUUCAUCCGUAACUAUCGGCGCGCCACUGGCGUAAAACCUUGCGUCUUAGCUUACAGCUAACGUCCGACCAUAGCUAUCAAUUUCCUUGGAACAGAAGACCACAAAAUUCACACGAUCAUGAGCAAGACGAUUUUUCAGUCAGAGACACAGGCGGCUUGGAAGAAUUAAUCCGAAUACUCCCCGUAAUAGUCAAACUUAUGACCUGGUUGCUAGUCCUGAUUCUCUACCACUGAGCUACAGGAGACUGAUACGAGCUGAGGCCACUAACCUAGGUUCAUGUGACUAACAUCCUGCAUACUGCUAGGAAUAGAAUGUCAAUAUGUGCCGGCUUAUACGCAAUGAUAGAAAAGUGAUGGUGAAUUUUAAGCCCGUUGAAUGCACGAGAAAGAUGUCAGACAUUGACACAAGCGGCUUCGAAGGAAAAAAUCUGAGUACUCCUAAUAGGAGUUACGACCCUCAGUUACGGUGAAUGACCGUUAAGGAAAGAAACUCUAGUCAAAAUCAAUACGCUCAUUCAAUCCUGGGCAUAAAGGUCCGCAACACUCCAUUCAUGCGACGUUUGUGACCUCAUUUGUUGGUUUUCGCCAUCCUUAGAAACUCAUUAACGAUUUGGCUUCCUCAUUCCCUGAAGUACAAUCUGGUUAUGAUUAUGGUAACGACUUGCUGAAGGACAGAAAGAUAAGCGAGCAGAACAAGGAUAAAAUUGAGAAAGAUAUGGACACCAUCGGCCCAGACUUUCAGCUUUUGCAGCAAGACAUAAACGAUGAACAAGAAAGGUAGGAGUUUUUAGGUUUCUGAUAGAGAGUUUUAGCAUCCAAGAGGAGAGGGGCAAUAAAACCACCAAUAUUACAUUGAGUUUGCGUUUUUUAAGCAACACAGCCAUAAUUCUAAUUCGGUAGACAAUUGGUCAAAAGUAGCGCACAUUUUCUUGAGUUGAACUUUUACCGAAAUUUCGAUCAAGUGCAAAAAGAGAAGCGGACAAUUGUUGUCUGUCAGCGUUCUCCGUGAAGCACCACGUGGUAGUUGCGCCGAGUGCGGCAACUACAGUCUUCCCUAAAUAAUUCUUACCUAAAUUGACGAUCACACAAGAGAUUUUCCUUUACUUACAUUCAAUUUUUUUUCUUUAUUGCCGCUCUAGGUUGAGUGCGUUGUUAUCAGAUGUAUCUGCAGAGGACGAAAAGAAAUUAGAGAAGAUGAAAAAGUGGAAGGAGUGGAGGGAUAAACUGAAUUCCAAGUACAAGAAGACGCGCGGGAAGUUCAACAAAGUCAAAGGCCAAGGAAUUCCUAAACAACCAAAGAAAGUACAAGAGCAGCUUCAACUCACUCGCGUAAGGAUCUUCUACAUUGCGCUUUUAAUUGUACUUUGUACUCCUUAUUAAACUCUUACUACGUGGACCGACAUACUUUGUGCGAGUUUAUGCACCAAAUAACUUCAAUCUAUGAAUAUGAAUUAGUGCAUUUUUGAGGUUUCUGCAGUGUCCAAUGUACGUAGUGGUGUGUGUGUGUGGGGGGGGGGGGAUAUUGGUUAGAGAAGUGUUACAUUAUUGUUGUGAUACACUGAAAACGUAGCUGCUUCUAAGGGUUGUACCUCUAGUGCAAGAAACUAAUGUUGGCCAGGAAAAGGGCGUAGUCGCCUGCUCUCAUUCGGUAUAGUUACUGAAACAUUGUAUUCGUUUGCACGUUCAUUUUCGCUUAGUUUUUAAGUGAAUCGGCAGGGAUGCACGGCGGAUAAAUAAUAAUAGUAGAACAUUGUUACCUUUGUUCAAACGUUUAAGUGAAAUGGUCGUGUUUCUUUUAGGAUUGCUCGUCUGACAUAGCGGAAUCAGUGCCUGAACUUCAGGAAGCUUUCAAUUACGCCAAUGUACUGAUACAUGAUAAAGAUGUUGAGAUUACGGACAGGGAGGCGAUAAAAAAGGAUGUGAAAGAGAUCGGAGAAGGAUUCAAGAGCUUAAAACUGGAAAUAAACGACUUUGAGAACGAGUAAGUUCUGAACAUGUUGUUGGAACGGUGCAGCGUUCAACCACUCCUUAGAGCCGUUGUUAACUUGACUUGUGAUUAAGGAUCUACCACCUUCACAGACAUCCUGGUCUUCGUUGCAUACAAUCUCGUUCCCACAGAGAUAAGAGUAAGAGAGAAACCUAGGAACGAAGUUGCCUUGCAUUUUGUGUCUUAAUCCCCUUUUUGUUCCGCUUACUUUACAUUCAGUCCAAGAUGUUAAAUUUUAUUACUCGAUAAAUGCGACUAUGGAGCUGCAUUCGUGAACACUUCCUAGCGUAAAAUAUGUCCUAAGUAUCGUUUACCAAUCAUAUAUUGUUUAUCAGAAAUUUCUUAAAAUAUUUCCUGAACUUAGAUGGUUGGUUUCGGGAAUCCAUAUGCUGUAUUUUGGGCAAGUAAAACUGAAAUGAAUCUUCCAUCUGGCAGGUAUUUUCCGUGUUCAACCCUUAAUCCUUUAAUUUUAUCAACAAACCUGUUUUGUUUUCACUUUAUUCUCUUCUAGGCUAGAUAAUCUGAAUCUUAAACAGGAAGAAGAUAAAACAGAGAAAAUUCAAAGAUGGGAAAUCUGGAUCAUUCGAAUUAGAGAGCUGCUGGAUAAGUGCAAAGAAAAGAUGAAAGAUCUGAAAUCGAAGGGUGAACCACAGAAUAACAAAGACGUCAAGGAACAAAUCGUCCUGGCCGAGGUAAGAACAGUAUACGUUUGUAUGGUUGUUUGAUCACGGUAAACAAGCGAGAAAAAUUGAAUGAUGAAAAUGAAUCUGAUGCAUUGAAUUUGUGGCUUCGCUACCUCCCUUUCAUUCGGAAGAGCACUGGACCUCCGAGGGGAUGGUCGCAGGUUCGAUCCCCGCAACCGAACCAAUCCUUGGGGUCUAAUGAUUCAAGGAAAUGAAGGAAUUUCCCUGCAAAUCAUCAGACCUUUACGAAGAAAUGGCGGUUCUAGUUCUAGUACGAGACUUAAAAACAGUGUCCACGAUUAACACUAUCAGGCUACGUACAUUGACACUUAAAUACAGCAGGAUUUUUGUUAAAUUAAUUAUAAUUGUGUAAUUUUUGCUGUAGGAGUGCAAAGUGGAGCUCCAAUCAGCGAAACCCGUUAUUCAGGAAGGACUUGAUUAUGGACGACAACUUCUGAACGAUGAUGUCAUGGAUGAUAAUAAAAAGGCCGACAUCAAAAAGGACGUGGAUGAAGUUGAAUAUGACUUAGCUAAAAUGGAGAAAGAUCAAGCAGACCAGCAGGGCAGGUAACAGUCAUACUGCAGUCAAUGACAGUUAGACAACCACUCAGUCAGUCAGUCAGUCAGUCCUUGAGUCAGCCAGUCAGUCAGCCAGAAAGUCAGUCAGUCUGUCUGUCAGUCAGUCCAACAGUCAGUCAGUCAGUGAGUCAUUCAGUCGCAAUGAUAACUAUUUAAAGCCGUUGUAAUUUACGCCCUUUAGUCAGACAUUCAAUUUGCCCAAUUUUGUCCAAUUUUCCCAGCAAAAGGAAGACGUGACCAAAUCCGAUUACUAGUGUCUCAAACCCCAUUUUCCCAGUACACAAAUAGUCAAAUCCCAGUUCACAUUUUACCGCUCCUGGGCCCUCUAUUACUGAUUGAUACGUUUUCAGCUUUGUUGCUGAAAGAAAUUGUAGCAGUCUGUUACCUGGACUUUUCCUACAAGACUCAAGACUGCAUGUUUGAUUGUUACAAUUUGUAGACUGGAAUUUCUUGUCGCGCAGUACGAUUCCGACAAGAAAAACAAGUUGGAGAAGUGGGAAACAUGGAAAGUAAAGGUCAGAUCAAUCCUCGCUUUCAACCAAACCCGUCUGAACGACCUCAAGACGGAAGGACCCUCUGCUGAUCACAGUAAAGUGGAAGAACAAGUAAUAAAGGCCAAGGUAUCUGCCAACAAUUUGGAAUUUUGAAAGUACAUAUUGGGUAACUUGAUGUAUAUUACUAAGAUUUUUUCAGAGAAACGGCACGUGGCACGCUUACUGCAUCAUACAUUAUUCACCGACUUGUGUGUCAGUGUCACAUUACACAUGAUUUGACCUUGGUAAAACACUCCUGCUCGUGUGUUGACUUCUCUUAAAACAUUUAGAGAAAGUUGUGCAAAGAUCUGAUCAGCAAUAACUCUGUGUGAAUGGGAAUAUAGAUAAAUAAAUAAAGGAAAAUAUCACGGUCUACCUCGGAAAAGAAAAGUUUCGACUUCCAAACUGGAAUCACCAGGCUGGAAUGAUCUACAACUGAGCUAUGGGAAAAUCGAGUGGUGAGCAACGUCUGUUCGCUAUUCUGUUAGUUCGUGGCUUCGAUUACCAUCGGAAACCCGGAAUUUUUCUUUUAGGAGUUAGACCUUGAUAUUAUUAUAUGUUUCUGCGAAAGGGUGAUGAAAAUAAGCUGAAUCUUGUGCUCGUUAAUCCUUUCUCAGGAUUGUCAGGACAGUCUGCAAAAUUCGGAACCGGAAAUAAACUUUGCUCUGGAAUAUGGUGGGCGGUUGGUCGAUGAUGACAUCACAGAUCCAAAAGACAAGACAAAGAUCAACGAAGAAGUAGAAGAGAUGGGAAAGGCUUUGAAUGAUCUCAAAGAAGACGCUGCUAAAGAAAGGAAAAGGUAUUAUGCGCAAGUGGUAUCACCUUUUGGAACUAUGAAAAGGAGUAUUGUUCAUUCUUUGAGUUCUCUUACUGAAGAGCUGUGUGUCCAGGUCAGGAAUUCUCUGAUCAAGUUCAAUAAGUGAAGAGAAAACCUCUUAUGGUGGUUUACUAACUCCAUACAUCCAUGCAGUGUACGAGUGAAAACCCUUUCAGGUUUUCAGUACUUUCCGGUAAAUGUGAUAAACUAUUUACUAUCAAUUUAACGUCAUGGAAAGCUUCAUCCAACGCGGAGUUUUAUAGGAUGGGUUAAUUCGUCUCCUAAAAAUCUGUUCUUUCUCCCAGUAAUCCAUCAUUUUUGGGUUACAGUCGAACCUCCAUGUGGAACCACCUCCCAUGAGGAGCGACCACUCAUCCAAAACACCAAGACUUUCUCAGUCAAAGCCUUACAGUUGGAAGCUCUAGUAAACGACCACCUCCUGUAAGCGACCGCGACCACUUUUUUUGGCCUGAAAGUUUAAUGAUUUUCUAGUGUUUUUAACCUCUUGUAAGCGUCCACUUGAGGCAUUCUCUGAUCUCUAUGUUCGCUGUGUGCACUUUGCUACCUAUAAUAUACAAAGAACUUGCGUAACAACAUGGACCUACACAUGCGUAACUUGGAAAUUUUAUGCAAUAAUUUAUCUUUCACAAAGUACAUGUGCCCGAACCUCUUCUUGGAAGAGACCUCCUGUGGUGCGAUUUUAGUAAGCGACCACUUCCCGAAAGCGACAACUAAGUCUUUGCAUUUUGGUUGGUCGCUUACGGCAGGUUCGACUUUAUUUAUGCCGAAGAAACUGAACUUACACUUAGGCAAGUGACUCAGUGCUCAUUGAAGAUAGGGCUCUCUGGUUUAACUUUUACAAUUAUUUGUAAGAGACCCUUCCACGCCUGAUUUAAAUUGGCAGAAAACCGUGGAAGGUAUGAAUUUAAUUGAACACUUUGGUCUGUUGAACAGGCUGGAAGAGCUACUUGAAAGUCAAAGAGAAGAAGAGAAAAAUCAAAAGUUGCAGAAGUGGGAGGAUUGGAAGGCUCACAUAAAAUAUUCCUUUGGAAAUUGUGAAGAUAAGUUAGCAGAUCUCAAAUCAAAAGGAGACCCUAAAGACAAAAAGGACAUCGAAGAGCAAAUAGCCUUGAACAAAGUAAGAUCUUGGUCUUUUAUAAUAAUAUAUUGUGUCUGUAUUACUUUGGUAUAUUCUUCCUUAAUAGAAUGACUGAUAUGGUAGUUCUCAAAGUCAUCAUUAAUUCCUCAAGGUACUGUUAGGUUUUAAAACUUGCGAACUUGACCUUUCGCUGAGGAUCUUACUAAACCGGGGAACGGCGGGGAGCGGGAAACGAGGACAGAAAACGGGAAAAUGAAAAAAAUGGGAACGCAGAGAAUUGGAAAUGAAGUUACUGAUUGGGCUAGGGUUUACUGAUAGGGCUUGGGUUCAAGUUAGGUUUUGUUCCCAUUUUUCAUUUCCCGUUCCCCGCCCUCGUUCCUCGUUGUAGUAACAUCCCGUCUGCUAGUUAUUGCGUCGCAUCUCAUCAUUUUAACAACCAAUACAAUUUUCAACAUAAAUAAAAGCCCUGAUUGAUAAAAGUCCUCACUGGUCGCAGAAAACAAGAACACAACAUUGUUUAUCAUUAUUUCCAUUAUUAAUUUUUACGGUUACGGUAGCAAACCAAUUGGCUUUUUGGGUUAAGACAGCAGCUUCAUGAGGCACUUGCAAUAACUAAGAUUUGCGGUUAGAUACUUAAUGCUGAUAUUCAACGAGUUGCUCAGUAUUUCUUUACAUUUAUACGUGGUAUAAAAAGACAUAAAAGAACCGAUCUGUAAAGGGUAUCGACCGAUCCGCAGUCCACUCUUCUGUCUCGUGAAUGGUGUUUACCAGGGUAAGAUCAAAAUAAUUUUUACUAAACCUGGCUAAAACUUUAUGUAUGGAUACGUGUGAACGGGGGCCAUAAUCUAAUUGCUAGAUUGCUUUGAUAUCAGGUUUUGGCUCCGACGACAAAUUUGAUGACAAGCUCUUUGUUGUUUUUUACAGGAGUGUAAGGAUCAGCUUCUGCAGUCCAGGCCUGAGAUAAAUGACGGUCUUGCGUUUGGGUGGUUGAUUUUAGAAGACGACAACGUCGAUGACAGUAGCAAAGCAAAUGUUAAGCAGGACUUAAAUCAGCUGGAAGAAGAUUUGUCGAGACUUGACGACGCUAUUGCUGACAACGAUCGCAGGUGAGCGUGCCAUAUUUGACUUGUUACCUUUUACUUAUUACUGAUUCCAAAUUCAAGAACAAAUUAAGUAUAUUUUGAAAAGUGUGUCGAAAGUUGUGUUGCACACCGUAAAUCCUCUAUUAAGCCCCCCCUCUCUAAUUACCCCCCCUUUCGGGGGAAGAAAGUUAAUAAGCCCCCCUCUCUUUUAAGCCCCCCUCCCCCUUAUCAUUCUUCACUAAUAAAUGAUAGAAUGUAUUAAUCAAUAACGACAGUAAAACUUGGUAUGGACUGAUCCUGGUUGGUUUAUUCACCAACUGGAAGUUGAGCUAGUUGUUUUUGAUCCUCGGCUGCAUGACCUCCAACUUCUUGUACUUGGGCUUUUCCAUUUUUUAUUCUAGGUCUUAAUGGAGAACCGAUCCCACCGUGAAAUAAAUAAGCCCCCCGGGGGGCUUAAUAGAGGAUUUACGGUAUUUUCGCAUUGAGCUUUUGAACAAGUCUUUACGAUAGCCAGUUCUUCUCAUAAUCUCACUUUUAUGAUCGCACGUUUGUGUUUUUCUUCGUGCAAGGCGUUGUGCACGUUUCUCGCUUCAGCGAAGUUCGAAAAAACAACUGAUGAGACAAAUGGAAUGGGACAAUCAUAAGAACCCUAAAAAUUCGUUUACAAUUGUGACUCUGCAAUGGGCCAUAUUAGAAUUGACCUUCCGUGUAUUUUAAUUUGUUUUGCACCAUUAAAAUUGCCAGCGAAAGGUGAAUUAGCGUUGUUUCAAACCUCAUCACUCUUGUUCCAACUCUUUUUAUUUUUGAAAUGUUGGCGAUUUUUUCAGGAUUUGAAUUCUAAAGGAAUGUAUCUAAAUUCCCCCCCAAAAAAGAAAAUCGUUGUCUUGUGAUCACGUCCUCCAUAAAACUUGAAAUUAGGCAUUUUCAUGCCGUAGUCGUGCAGUGAUGUCAAAGAAAUGUACAAAAAGCGUAAUGCACGUGCAAAGUUUUUGUUUUGCUAAUCUUCGCCGUUCUCGUUGAUGUUACCAUGGGCUAUGGAAACAUGGGUUUCGACUAAAGAAAAAGGUUCAUUUUUUAUUUAAUUACUAGAAUCACGCUUUGUUUUGCUUUGAUCCGCAUUCAUAAAAACUUGGUAACCGAACGUUUUCUUCGAAUCCUGGGGCGCGGUCCGCCAAUGAAAGUGACCGUUGUGGAAAGGUGGGCAUCUACUACACGUAGAUGUCAAAUGAUAUGCCGAUGCUGUUGUUUGAUGUGUUUCAUUACAUCUUUUUGUUUUCUUUCAGGUUGCAAGAACGUUUAGAAGCCUUGGACGACGAAUCAACAGAACUUAUGGAGGAUUGGCGUGAAAAAUGCAGCAUCUUAAAGUCGGGCAUGGACGCUGCUGAUAAGAAAAUUGCGGAAGGAAAGAAGGCGGAGAGCCACGAUGAGAUAGAAAACAGCUACAAAAUGCUUAAAGUAAUGCUUUGUUUUAUCUCGAGGAAAUUACUGUAAUUUUUAAAAGAUACAAGAAACAAAAUAGGUUAAGGGUGUUGUAAAACGGGCAGCAAAAACGUGCAACUUGUUUAGCGAUACUGCUGUAAAAUGAGUUGAAUAGCGAUGUUGCGCGUUUUACCACCCACGAAUCAAACCUGUCUUGGAACAAAUCAGGGUGUUGCAGGUUGCGAAACGUUUUUGCAGAAAAUAUAGAGUAGUUCCUCUUUUUGCACCAAAAUGUGUGUAUGUUGUGCGUUUUACUGGCCCAAAGCAAACUUGUUUUGCAGCAAGUGACGUAAAUCCCGAGUAUGGCGUAAUUUUAUCCAAUCAGACAACCUGAUUUUUUGCAAGACAUGUUUGAACGUGGUUGGUAAAAGACGCAACUCAACUCUUCAACUUGUUUUUCAGCAAUGGUGAAAAACAAAUUGCAGAUUUUUGUUGCCUAGUUUACCGUACCUUAACUUAGCUUAGCUUACAAUGUCGCGUAAUUUUUCCAUGCGAUCGCGCGUAAAAUUUACUUAAAUAAAAUAGAGGUAAUAUAUGAAAGGCCAUGCGUAAACGUAAAAGUUGACCGAUGUUUAACUUUUGCGCGUCACCUUCUUUAACAGGGGCGUAGCCAGCUUUUCGACCAUUUGUAGGCGUGGCUACUAGUCUGACCGCACUAACACUUUGACCUCUUAAGCUUUUUAGCUCACCUCAACAACCCAUAAUUUAUUACAAGCGAUAGAGUGAUCAAACCAAACAUUCGUAGGCCCGAGCCUACAGGUUUAUGGGCUGGUUACGCCUCUGCUUAUUUUGCUUACGUGCGUAAAAUUUACGUGACAGUGGAAAUCCACCUUAGUUAGUGGUCGUAGCGUUUGUUGUUUACCAAUAGGUUUUUAAGUAUAGCAAACGUUCUUGGUACUGCUAGUCAAAUGAUGGUAUCAACGGAACCUUCUUUUGCGAUCUUUACUUUCUUUAAUUGUCUUUGCUAAAUCUUCCCUUUACUUUUUUCACAGUUCAAACGUUUGCCUGGGUUUCCGUUCGUGGUACUAAAUGUGAUCUGUUAUAUUUCAGGAGUUAUCCAAAGGCCUUGCUUUGAUGGAACCGGAAAUGACCAGCACUGUGGAUUACGGCAAACAGCUUGCAUUGAAUGAGAGUCUCAGCAGCGAGAAUCGCAAAGAAGUGUCUGAAGAUGCAAAAUAUUUGGAAGAAAGAUGGAGAGCUCUUAUGAAGUCUACAGACGAGGAGUAUGCUAGGCGAGUUGUUUACAGUAAAUAGUAAAGUAGCAGCUCCUCGUAAGGUGUCUCCUGAUUGGUCUCAUUGUUUAUCAGUAUUUCCAUUAUCAUUCACGGUUACAGCAGGAAAACAAUUGGCUUUUUUAGCUGCUCUAAGAUAUGUGGUUAGUUACUUAAUGCAGAUAUUAUAUUCAGUAUUUCGUUACAUUUAUACGUUGUAUAAAAGAACUGAUCAGUAAGGGGUUUCCAAUCAUUGGAUCGACCGAUCUGCGGUCCACGCUUAUGUCUCGUGAAUGGUUGUUUAAAGAACGCCCAUAAUAAUGCAAGCAAUCCACACAACUUAACUAGUGUAAAGGAAUGGUCAUUUCAAUGGAAGCUUUUCAGCAGUGAUUACUUGUGACCUAUUUGCAGCUAGUAUACAUGUAUAUGUUGUGGUUCAAUUUUAUCCUUGGUUAAAAUUUUAUUUUCGUCUGUCUUAUGGGUAUGGCAAUGUAUGAUAAUGGUUUAAAAACAAAGGAAAAUAUAAUUUAAACCAAGGAUGAAAUUGAACCGCAACGUAUACAUGUACAAGAAGGUCCUAAUUAUGCUGGUUAUUCUCUCUCCCAGGGCUUUUGACCCCUCUCAGUUUCUAACGGCAAAACCCUGAAGACGAGGUUGAUGGCUGGUACAUGUAUUAACUGAUAGCUUAAUGUCUUUGUAGAAUCGGAGUCCAGCUUGGCGAGGCUCAAGCUAAACAAAGCCACUUAGCUAUCUGGCAUGAACGAUGUGAUGAGCUUCAAGAGUGGGUAACAGACAGGUAUACAAGGCUCCGCUCCCGUCCCACCUCCCCUGAGGCCUCCUUUGGCGGAAUAAAAAGGCAACAAAGCGUUAUUGAGGUACGCCCAUAGAACAUACUCAAAACGUUAUCCGAUUCCUUCGGGUCAUCAGUCUGCACUUCAAGGUGUCUAGCCUUAGGUUGUUUAUGUUUACUUACGCUAGAAAACUUGGUUGCUUACCAUUUACGCAAGCCACCGGGUGGAAAUCUUGUGCGUAAAUAUAUAACUACAAAAUUUGACUUGUUGGUAGAAUGAGCCUCUACAAAGUAUAGUGAACAGACUAAAACGAGAUAAUCUUGAUUCGCCUGAAAUAAAAACCAGUUCCGAAGCUUCCCAAACGGAAUGGCGCGAACCGUUUGAUUUUCCAACCAACAUUUCCGGUUUUCUCAUUUAUGGUAGACUAAUACCCAGUCGCUAUUUAUGUGUUUUGGGGGUGAGAGAAGAUUGGGGGUUAGGUUGAGGCGCGCGCGGGGUGUCAUGGAAAGGGACAUGACACCCCGCGCGCGCCUCAACCUAACCCCCAAUCUUCUCUCACCCCAAAAACACAUAAAUAGCGACUGGGUACGAGUAUGCUUUUAUGGUAAGAAAUAGAGAAUACUUCAUGGAAAGUGCUGGCGUACGGUAUUUACGCACGAGUUGUUGACGUAUCAGAAAUCGAACGAGUGAGCGCAGCGAACGAGUAAGAUUUCUGAUACAAAAACAACGAGUGCGUAAAUACCGUACAAAGCACUUUCCAUGUGGUAUUGUGUUUAUUAUAUACAUACUGAGUCAUUCAUCAUUUUGCGGGCCUUUUUAUUUUAAAUCUUUCAAAAAUGCUAAAAUUUGCCGCUACACACUUACCGCAAAAUGACAACGAAAACGAAGUAUCAGCUUUUUAGUAAAAACGUUUGUUAAAAACAUAAAUGACGGUGAGGAUAUGAGGUUUAAUCCAAGAACUAUAAGUAAUCUUAACUGUUUGUUCUCAAUGCACAAUUGAAAAUGAGUGAAUUUAAGUAAAAUGGCCGGUUUCAAUAUAAGCUUAAGCUUAAAUGAAAGGCAAAGUAGCUCCGACAAAAAGCACAACAAAAGCUUACGUCUCGUUCUGUUUAUCCCUUUCCGCUGUUGUUUCACCGGCUCUCUACCGUAUUUUUUACCGACAGUGAAACAAACGAAACUAUUCCACUCCAUUUCCGAAAUGUUUUUCUUUUUUUAGCGAGAAAACUCCUUGAGUAAAACUUUUCUCGUUCAUAAAAAGCGGCGCACAAGCUGCAAAAAGGCGGGAAUUUUGGCGCGAAACUCCUACACCUCUGUGGCUUCUGAUUGGACGUAUCAUUUUUCUCACACGUGAAAAAACAUCGUUCGCGAUUCUGAUUGGACGUAUCGUUUUUUUCACGUGUGAAAACCAUCGUUCGCUCCUCUGAUUGGCUAUAACUAAUUUGCGUACGAAAAUUUACGACAUAGCUUUUUGGUGAGUAUUUCUCAGUACGUAUAUAAUAACCUCUUUUGUCACAUUGUCUCUCUGUUCAACCAGUUUGCGUUACGUCGACGUAAUACUGUUUACAAGAAGGCGCUUAUGAUAGACUAGUUUCAAAUUCUGUCGAUUUUCUAAAAUGAACUUUGCUCUUUUAGGAUUUAGUAAAGGACUUAGUUUCCAAACAAGGUGAAGUGAACGAGAUCAUUGACGAGGGAAAUCAAAUUAUCGAGGACAAAAGUCUACUUGAAGGGGAAAGGAGGAUUGCCCAUGAAAAGAUGAUCGCGCUGCAUAAUGACUGGAACAAGCUGGCCACGUUAACAUCAGGCAAACAACAAAGGUAAACAACAGUAAUAUACAUUAGAAAAGUAUUGGGAAACAAGCCCACUGAAUCACCGAGUGAAUUUACCGCUUUUGGUCAAAACCUUAGGACCACGGACUCAAAACAAGCGAACACAAAAUUAACAGCACAGAAAUGUUAUGUUUAUUAUUUUCUCUUCAAUUUAUUCAUCCUCAUCCUCAUCCUCAUUAUUCUUUUUUAUUAAGUAAUUAAUUAAUAUUAAAGUGCAAGUGACAAACGGGCAGAUGGGUGAUGGAGGACCAUAAGGCAGGCAGCCUUCUCUUAAUUGUUAAUAUAUAAACUAUAGUAUUUUUGUGGACUUUGUCUUUCCUUUUCUUUUUAUUUCUUUUUUGUAAACGAUAACAGUUACCUGUAAUGAAUUGUAAAUGUAAUGUAUUGUGAUUGUUUGUGUGUGCGAAAUAAAAUUUAAAAGUAAUUAAUUAAUUUAUUUAUCGCAAACGCUCCCACACUAUUGCGCAGACCCAGAGCGAAAAUCUAUCUGAUAAAAAAGAAACUUAUCUACAGACAUCCCCUUUAAACCUAAGAAUCAAUAUCUUGUGAUAACAGUGCUUGAAACACGUCUCCUUUCAGCGUGCAAGUAUUGCUUUUGGAGAAGGAACAACAGCAUCUAGACAAGACCCAAAACUGGAGAAGAAAAAUAGAUCCCCUGAUGAUGUGGAUCUCAUCCGCAGAGACCAGACUCAACACUCACUUUGAGAUUGCACCAGAUCUGGAUACCGUCAAGAAACAAAAAAGAGAAUUAGAGGUACACUUUUCCCAUUCUUUUCUAACCGGCUUUUUUUUUCUAAAUCUAAAUCUAAAUAUCGUUAUGUCGGCAAAAUCGUUUGGGACAUCACGCCAACUCUAACUCACAGGUUAUGCUGUUUUUUGUAGGAGAAGACAUUCCAAAAACCUAAAAUUCUAAAAAUUAAUAAGAGUCGUGCUGGAAAACAUUCGACUGGUAUUAAAAUGACUUACAAAUCGCCAGAAUAAUUAAAACGGUUAAUAAAGACAUUUUUAGAAAUUCACUUUAAUAGGAGAAAACGAAUGUAUUUUAUGUAACUUCUUUUUGUGUGCAUGCUCAAACUAUCGAACCUUGUGGCUGUACUUUUGACAAUGCGGUUUGAAAUGAAAACACUUUUAAACUCGAUUUUCACCUCACUCUGCUAAAAUAAUGGAAAGCCACCGUUUCGGUAAUGAAAAGGUGUCCGCAUUUUCCAGGUACGUUUGUGUAGAAUACAUUAAAAAAAAUCCAACGGUGUACAGAAAGCGUUGCUUCGAUAUAACAUACAGAAAUGAAAUCCCGUUCUCUCCUGCUCCACUUUGAAACGCAUUUUUAUCGCCAAUCUUUCGACCGUGCAGAUAGCUUGAACCGAUUUCAUUUUCCCUUUAAGGUUAGAAAAAUCAGGAUUUCACUAUGUUAGCAGAAACACCAGCUUGUGAUGAUUUGAUUAUUUUUUUCUAUAUAAUAAUAGGACUUUAAUGAUGAUAUGCUGUCUCAUCAACGCGAGGUAAGCGAUACUCUGGUGUACGGCGACAAGUUGCUCAAAGAUUCCGAACUUCCUGAAGACGACAGGACCGCGAUUCAGAAGGAAGUCCUGGAUCUGAGUCACCGCUGGGAGAAUCUUGAGGAACUUGUGUCGUGGAAAACAGACAGGUAAAUUAAUUUACAAGUGGUAAUCAUGUCAUCGUCAUCAUAUGACGUCACGGUACAGUAGCUGUAUGUAUUUUUUAAUUAGUUCAGACGUUGCAGUUCGAUUUAUUGUAUUUUAAGCUCUUUGCGAGCAGUAUUUGAGACAAUAAGUGCGGUCAAAAAAUGUUUCUAAAAUAUAUAGUUCUUAAAAGACUUUCUCAUAGAGUAUCCAGUGUAUCAGGCUUAAAUUUUUAGACCUACCUAGUAAUUAAGUUUUUGUCUUCCUUUAUCCAGGUUCUGUUUUUCUCUGUCUGGGCCCUGUUGUUCGAAGGCCGAUUAACUCUUAACCCUGUGUUAAAUUUAACAUGGGUGUCUUUAAGCAUUUUCUCGGAUAAUUUUCUCUGUUAUUUUUAAGAGAUCCAAUAAUCAACUUGUUGACAAAAUUUACUUUUUAAGCUUCCAUAUCUGAAUUUAAAUUUUGCAUUAACCCUGGGUUAUCUUAACCGCAGCUUUGAACCACUCGGCCCUAAAUGUUGACUGAAAAAAGUAGUUUCUUGGCGUUGCAGACGAGUGCUAAUAUCACUACCGAAUGACACAAAACAAAGAUUGAAAAGACACUAAACAAUACAAAAGCGAGCCAACAAUGGUUUCUGCACCACCAAGAAACAUUCCAGAAUUGUGAUUCGCGUUUUAAAUGGUCAUUAAUUCCGCGUUGAUCUCAGCAGGCCACAACAAAUGAGCCUGUUAUAUGUAAGCCUGUGGACAGCGGUCUUUAUAUGUAUGUCUCACUAAAAGCUAAAACUCUACUUGAGCAGUGCUACGCUUUCUGGAGUAGAAUAAAGGUGUUUAGGAACAAAACUGUUAUUGCAAUAAACCAUAAUUAUCUUUUUAACUUCGGUCAUCAGAAUUGAAGACACAAUAGUGAAGCUUAAGAUUCAACAGGAAGACAAACUUCAGAAGUGGCACGAAGACCUGGGUGACAUCAAUGGAUGGGUGAUGAAAACUAGAGUCAAAGUCGACGCACAGGUCACACUUGCCUCUGAUGUGGAUGGUGCUUUGGAACAAAUUGAUGAUUUUCAGGUAAGUGGUUCGACUAAUAUUGAUUUUCUGGUUAGUGAAAUGUUUUAAAGGAAAGUAACAACUAUGUUGUUAUGUAGAUAACGGUGAUCGCCAUGGUAGGAUGUAAUAAGGAGAUUAAGCAUCGCUUUUACGGCAAACGGCGAACGUUAGAUUCAAGUUGAGAAAUUUUCAAAAUGAGAUAUGAGCAGAUAAAAACAGUUAAUCUCUAAUGUAUAACAAAUAAAAAAAUGAUUUUAGUAUGAAAUUUAUUCGCAAAACAAGUGAUAAAAUCUGGCAUUUUCUUACCCACACGAUACCUUUCACGCUGAUCUGGUACCGCAAUUACCCCUAGCUCCCCUUCUCAACCCCGGUCGAUUUUGUUCAGUCGGGGACAGAAACGAUCCAGCCCGACCUCAACAUUGUUUUUUGGAAGUAAAGGGUGAGUAUUUGUAAUUAGCAGUGCUUCCGAAAACUUGAAACUAGACAUGGCAACGUCCAUUUUUCUUAAUCUUUUCUCCAGAUUGUAGAUGAGAGAGAAUAUGUCUGAUACCUGAAUACGAGACACCUAAACAAUCUUUCUGUCUAUAGUCUAGUGUUUCUUAUUGCAAACCUAUCCUAAUGGUUUUUAAAAGUUGAGCUGUAAAGAUAUAUGACCAAACUAGCCCAUUUUUCUUUGUGUAGGAGGUGAUCAAAGACGCGCCUGUAUACCAAGAGAAAGUCACCCACCUUAACGAGUUCAGCGACAACCUUGUAACAGAUCCCUGCCUUGGUGAGGAAGAACGGAAAGUUGUGCGCCACGAGACUGUGGACUGUAACAAAAAAUGGAACGAACUCGUUAACAUUGCCAACGCAAAACAGGCCAGGUAAGUUAGUUCUAGCAUGCGGGUAUCUAACAGCUAGUUUAUCUUUUUGGCAGAGACUUUUUGGAUUCUUUUUAGUUGUUGCCUUCUUCAUCGUAGCCUGGCGUGUCCGCUCUAGGGAAGGGCUAGCCCACAAAGGUAAUUAAGGCGGAUAGCUUCAGGUUUGAGAGAAGUCCUCUGUGGUUUGUAAAUAAACUUUUUCAACAACAUUGAUAUAACCGAAUUUUAUUUGUGUUUCACUCCUCCUCCUUCGUCCGAACCAACGUUUAUCUUUAAAACUUUCAUUCAAUGAAUUAUUGUGAAGUGAACAUGUGAUGACUGUAAAGAGAAUUCGAAGGGACAGACUGCAAAGUAUUGUUGUUGGAAAUACGUGUAUGACGUAACUGCCUAAAUGUGUGUAAUUCCACAUUUAGUUUCGACUUUAUUAAAUCCUAUACCAACUGUAGGUCUUUUUUAGGAGUAGUCACCAACAUUGUGAGCACAGAAACUGACUAAGCGUAUUAGUAAGGAAAAAAUCACUGUACUUAACGACCUAAAUGCACUUGUCAAAUAGUAAAUGAAUAAAAACACACAUAUGCAGUUAAACUGGUAGAACGAAUUAUCGCUGUUUCCUUUAGGAUGGAAGAAAACCUGGACAAAUUAGAGCGCCUGGAACAAGAUGCUCUGGAGCGUUGGAGAAUCCGUUCAGAGAGAGCAGGACUGGCACUAGAUAAGCUGGAGGGUCAGAUAGCGGUUAUUGAUGACCCAAUAGGAGAAACCCUGGAGACCAUUAGAAGGCAGGAGGACGCCUUUGAAGUAUGUAAAUUCCACAGGAUGUAAAGGGAAAUACGCCUUUUUAAACUGUAACACUGGGAAAGCUUUUUUGACACCACUGGGAAAGCGUUGUAUUGUGCCUACUCAAAUACAGGGUCCUCCCCCGCUAACUGUCUGUUUAAGAAGGGAAAUCUUCCCCUUCAGGCAGGACCUCUUCGGUUUGGAGCAACUUGAAAGAAUUAUUGUUUAACACUUCCCUGAUAGCCAAGACAGAGCCUAGGUCUAAAACGGGUUCUAUAAAGUGAGAGGAAGUCUCUCCUUUGCAUUAAAAACGCAAUAUUACACCGCUUAGUGAAGCGAACACAUGUUGUUUCUUCUAUAUCUCUAGAUCUUUUCUAGUGAGGUGGAGUUAAACACGUCCCAUAUGCUUGAUACGUUUGCCUUGGGCGAACAAGUCAAGAAAGAUCCAAAAGUGACGCUGAAAAAGAAAGAGGAGGUGAAUGAACACUACAAUUCACUGGCAGCUCGCUGGGACCGAAUAAAGGACUUUAUUGCCUUGAGAAACGAAAGGUAUGCAACACCCAAGUUUCUUGGAAUUUAUUUGUCAAGAGGUUUCAUCGAUUAUGCUUCAAACGAUUUGUGGGGGUAUGACUGUGCGACAUAGUACCUAAGUGUUGAGAACUGACCUUAUUUGAGACUAAAUUACAGGGUUUUCCUUACCUAUUUGAAACCAGAUCGUAAAUUGAUACACUAUUUCAGGACGUGACCUUUAACAUCAUUGGCUGCCUAGUCAGACCUAUUUUUAAAGUAAUGGUUAGAUACUUUGCAUAAUGAGUUUCAAGCUCAACAGCAAGCCCACUCUGAUGAAUGAUCUGUAUAAGGUGUACUAGACGUUUGAGGUUCUUUUCUUUACUUUUGAAAUAAAACAAUUUUUCAUUGAGCACCCUUAACUCACAUGGUGUACCCUACUACAGUGCUAAGAAGCCUGUAGUGUAUGAGCUCCCGGCUUCUAUAUAGGCUUCCUUGUCAUUACAACUUUGAACAUUUGUAAAAUAAUUUAGUUAGAAUAGUGUUCAUCAUCUUUAAUAUAUUAUAAAUUUCUUGUAUAUUGUUGAUGUAUUCUUAUAUGGUAAUGAAGGAAUGAAUGAAUGAAAAAAAUGGCGAAAAAUAAGCCUGUCUAACCCUUGCUACUUUGGCGGGAAAGGCCGUUAAACAGCAAGGAGAAACAUUUUAAACGUUCACAGUAAUAUGUCCCGUUUUUCCUUUCUCAAGAAUCGAGGAAGCUUCCAAGAGGCUUCAGCGCGAAAGGCGAAACAAGCUUCAUGACUGGGAAGAACGGCUCGCUUCCGUUGACAGUUUUCUGCGUAAAGCAGAGAGAGAAACCGAGAGACUUGAACCUGUUGGCGACGACUUGGAGACUGUCAGAAGACAAAAUGAGGAAUUUGAGGUGAGUAUUGUCUUUAAAAAUGCCUCAGAAGUUUCAAAGAAAUAGCCCACGUUCGAGAUAUGAAAAUUCUAACACGACUCCGAAGCUUUGGGGUCAGAAUUGCAAAUUUUUCGCGACUCCAUUGUCUCGCAAUUCUCUUCGUGGGCUAUUGUAAACAGAGAGUAUUACAAGCAGUUCAGACAUUGAGAAUAGGGAGUGUUCGUAACCACAACGGAUGACGCCAGCGAAAACUUCAAAAAUAUAAUUUUGUCGCCUUCUUGCAAACUUCAUGGCGAUUGUUCUCACCCGUAUUACUUUUUACGUGUAGGGAAUUUCACUGGGGUUAAAUUAUUAGAGACCACAUUCAAGAUAGAUAAAGGCCGAAAGAGGAAUUCCUUAUCCUUGUUAUAAAACCUUUUGUUUUUUUAAGUUCUCGUUGUCGUUGUCCUUGUCGUCGUGCCUGCGUAACCUCCCUGAUUAUCAAAGACGUGGUGACUUUCAUUGAUAUAACUGUUUUGUUUACCUUUUAGCAUUCCAUGAGCCUCCUAUUAGGACCACAGAAACGAGUCUACGAUUUCGGAAAAUUCACUGACGACUUGAUAGUCGAUCCUGUAAUUGACGAGCAAAACAAGCGUUCCAUGGCGAGCGACAAAGACAAUCGUCUUGAGCGAUGGGCAAGGGUCGCAGACAAGAUAAACAAACACCGUAACAAGUAAUUACGCUUUUAUUGCUGGUUUGCAGGUGACUCCGAUCCAUGACGGCCAUGUUGCUUGACAAGCAUAAAGGCGUUUCCCUCCGUUGGGAACUAAAGGCUGGAUCCUUUUCAUUUUGUUCUAUCCUCAUUGAUUUACGUUUUAAUCGACCAAAAUAGUAAGGCAAUGAAAACUCAACGACUGUCAUCUUUGCACUACGUCAAAAACACAAGUUGGCUGAAUUCUUUUCCGUGACAUUAACAGUUAAAAUAGUGGGAAUAAAAUAGGACCAUGCAUUACAUCACAAUCUACCUUACAGCAAUAGGCAGUAUUUACCAACGUUUCUACCUGGUAUAAUUCCAUUACCCCCUUGUUUUUACUUUUAGACUGCAGGACAAGCUGUCGGUGUUGGAACAGAGUGAAGACGAGGUGUCAAAGUGGUAUGAUGACCUGGCCGCAAUCAACGAAGAAGUCGAAAAAGUUGAAAGUAUCUGCCAACAGGAAAUCUCGCCUGAUAUGGAAACACUUGAAAGACAAAGAAAAGAAGCUAAGGUAGACUUUAUUAAUGUGGCUGAUCGUAUUCGAAGAGCACAGACUGCCAAUAAUUCUUGUUGCUGGAAUCAUCUGGAUCUUUUAACUGUUCAUCAUUAGGAUACCCAAAAUGUACAUGUCUAUAUAUUUAUAUUGGAAUAAAUUAUGGCACCAGAAUGUUAUAAAAGAUCUGUAUUAACAAAGGAUGUUGUGCCGUGGUGUAUGAGUUUUGUUUGUUUGUUUUUUUCAGUUGCGCACACUCCGCCCACACUUCGAAAUGCCGUAGCUCAGACUCUUAUCUGAGGGCUUUCUUUAAAUGGCCAUGGGCUCAAUGUCGUCCCUUUUUUUCUUCAGGUCGUUUUUAUUGUAGUUUUUAUCGGUGUAUUGACGCAUGAAAUGAUCUCAAUGACUUCCCCCAUGUUCUUUUUCAUUUUUCAAAGCAACUUAAAGAAGACGUUAGAAGGAUUGAUCCUCAGGUGGAUGAAUUUCUAAAGGACUCAGAAACUUUACUCGAUGAACAUGAGCUGUCAGACCAAGACCACAGGACAAUUGAGCUGGAGUCAGAAUCACUGCGAGAUCGAUGGAGUAAAGUGAAAGAGGACGCAAAGUCAAGGGAAUCAAGGUUUGUAGAUGGGCUUUUUAAGCUGCCUCUUUCUGAAAAUGGAUUUAUGCACACAACCUUUUUAGAGAGCGUAUGCUUCAGUUCGUAAACUUAGUUUCUUUCAAAGGGGAUUCAAGUUUGGCCUCCAGAUUAGCAGGUCGUCGUUCGUUAAAGAAGAGUCAAUUGAUCAAAUCGUUCCAGUCCAAGAAGGAGUAAAGAAUAUUCGUGGAACACAUGCCUUGUUGCGCUCUUGCAAGAAGGACAAAGUAAUUCUCAUAACUACGGAGGGCUUUCUUUGAUUGCCAAAACCAAUGGAAUAUUUUACAAAGUUCGUAACUGAUGCGAGCGCUAGACCUGACCCCAGUUGUUGAAACGUUGGAUAGCGCUAUCCACCGGAUAAAUCACUAUCCAGCAUGAGCGUAUUAGGAAAACCAACUGUGCUAUCCAGUGGAUAGAGAUUUAUCCAGUGGAUAGCGUUAUCCAAACCGUCUUCUGAUCUCCUGCAGAGUCGAAGAAGAGCAUCUGCGUACACAAAAACGUCAGAAAGACUUGUCAGACGAGUGGAAGAACUCUUGUAAUUCAACUCUCAAGUGGAUUGCCGACACGUCUGCGCGUGUUGAUGCUCAGGAUACUGCUGCCCCUGAUCUCGAUCAUGCGAAGGCUCAAAGACAAGAAAUCGAGGUUGGCAAAAUAAAUUUCUUUCUGCCGUACCACUUUUCCCUUGGUCGCUCUUAAGAGGUCCGGCUGUUUCCCACGCUGUACAAAGAUAACAGCAUAAAAUAACAUAUAAAUAUUAUUAGAGCGUAUCCUAGCAUUCCUUCACCAAGAUCAUCAAUACAAAUGCAUAUAAUCUUCUUUCGUAAUUUCGUUGGACCAUCCAAGAAUUCAUUCAUUGAUAAAAAUUAUUUAUUGCAUUGUUAAUUUGUUGGCAAUUUUAAUUGCCUCCAGUUUUAUUUAGUGUACAGAUGUAGUUUAAGAUUGAAAAAGGAUGGGUUUCUGAUUUAUAACACGCUUUUUGCUUCUUUUUAGGAUAUAACGAAGGAAAUUAAACUGUAUGAUAGACAAAUGGAUAAGCUCGAUCAACUUGGGGACAAGAUUACACGUAAUCCAAGCGUGAGUGAUCAAGAAAAGAGCUUGAUUAAAGACGAAAAGGAAUCGGUCAUUGCGCAAUGGCAAGAACUUCUAUCGAAAACAGCAGAUGCAAAGAAUAGGUGAAUACAAUGUAAAACAAUAGCGUUUCUUUAUGCCCUUUUCCAAAGGUCUACGUUAUUUCAGAGAUUUCAUUGGAGCACUGACAUCUGCUCUUUUUACGUUAUAUACGAGUACAUUGUAUCUUAUUAACGUACCUAUUUAAUUAUUAUUAUUAUUAUUAUUAUUAUUAUUAUUGUUGUUGUUGUUGUUUAUUGUCAUUAUCAAGCUGUUACAUUCUAUUUAGCCAAAUAUUAGAGUUGUCAAGUGUGGUUUCGUUUUAUUAACCAUCCCUCUGCAACUGAUUUGUUCGGGUAUGUUUUUUUAAUUUUCCUUCUUUGCGAGAAGUGUUUUGUGAUAUUAAUUUUAUCGGUAUUCAAUAAAUCAAAAAAGUAAAUAGAUGAGCUUUCCAGUUAUGUUUUGAUUGCGUGAAAACAAUUAUUACAAACUGAAUCAUUGGAUAAUGCAAUGCUGAAAAUUAAAAACAAGCUGAAAAUUGGUUGCUUUUACAAAUAAAGUCGGGAAGAAUUCGCCAUGUUUUGUGAGCGUUUUUAAGAAAACAAUUAUUCCACACGCUUUCGUUGGAUAUGAGAUGAUUAUAGCCACCCGUCUCGUUGGCGCUACAACCGUUUCGUUGGACGUCAAGCUGGACUUUUUGCAUCACUCUCAAAUCUUUAAAACGCGAAACUCGUGGAAUAUUUGUUAAUAUGAGGCCUCACUUCGGUUGACUCUGUAGGUCCCUACCAUCUUUCGUUACACCAGCCUAGAACACGCAGAUCGCCCAGUUACACCAGCCUAGACACGCAGAUCGCCCAGUUCGAGAAAGAGCAGCGAGACAAACUCAGGGUGUGGUCCCAGAAGGCUGAGUCUCUUGACGUUUGGCUUGUUAAGAACGAGGCCACUGUGCAGUCUUACGAACCAAUAGGAUACGACAUAAGCUACGUUAGGGAACAAAAAGAGGACGCGGAGGUUUGUAUAAACAAAAUAAUACUGGUUUAUUAAGGGCGAAGGUGUGAUAAAUGGUGGAAAACUUAUCGUUGUUUAGGAAGGUGGUCUAUUAAAACCAUUUUAACGACAACCGGCGAAUGCAAACUAAUUCCGGUGGGAAUUAUUUUAUUUGGUUCUUAUUUGGUCCAAACGGGUAUGUGCCGCUGAGCUGGAUAUUAUUGUCAGGCUCUUCAGUCUUCAGGCAUACCGUUGAUAUUUAAGCCCCAAGAUCCAGAUACCAAUUCUCCAGACUGAUCUCCAUACAUUUCUUUUAAGAAAAGUUGAGAGGAUUUGGUUUAAAAUCAAAGCGUUGUCCCUUUGGUAAUCAAUUUAGUAAUUCUCAUAACCUUUACUCUUGAUGAUCUGCUGAUGUUGUUAGGAGAAAUUUGAUGUUGGUCACUCUUGGGACCUAUAGGGUUAAAAGGGUUAGCGAAAUGAAGGAUUUUGUCUUAAACAGGUCAGGGUUUGAAGGCCUCGGCGGCACACCCCUACCCGGGACUACAUGUUAUUCCGGCUUCGACGGCUUCGUGAGAGUUGGAAAUACGUCGUCUGCGAACCGGAACCUAGAUCAGUCGUAGUUUAUUUUAGAAAAGUUUACCUAACAAUUUCAAUUUCCCGUUCCAAUUUUAUCUGCUGUGUUUCGCAGGCCAUGAUCACAGACUUACUGCACGAACAGCCAAGGUUUAAUGACAUGAUAAAGUUUGGUAACCAGCUCACAACUGAUCCUUGUGUAGGAUUGGAGGAACGGAUGAGAGUACAGAAGGAAAUGCAGUCCUUGCACCUGAGAUGGGAAGGCUUGUAUACUUCCACUACUUCCAGACACGAUAGGUAAAUAUAUUCAUUAAAUUUUUACGUACGGGACGAUCAUUCUUAUUAAAUGAAUGAAUUACUGUUCAACGUAGUAGGGUAGCAACAGACCUCAUUUUUUUGUUUAUUUUCACAUUUUUUGUUGCCUAAACCUUAAAGAAGACCAUGUGACUAAUCUCAAGGGAGUGUUCUCUUUAAAACUUGACAUGUGUUUUAUAUUUUCAAAAAGACCAAGGAUUCUAGAAAUAUCACGUGAUCUACAGUGAAUACCAAAAAUAAAAAUAGUACCUAAGGUCUCUGUACGUAACUGCGAAAGUGGAACCAAAAAAUUUACGAGCCUCAACAGGAUUCGAACCCAUGAUAUAUGCUGUACGAGUGCGGUGCUCCAGGCAACUGAGCUAUGAAUUUCUGUUGCUGGAAGCAGGUAAACUGGGUGUUCUAAAAGGAAUGAAUGCUGUCUAAUAUUUGUCUUUCGCAAGGAACUAAUAAAAUUUUGGAGUUGCGGUUAUUUUCUUGUAGCAUGUAACAAUCCACUCAUUAUUUUUAAAUUUCCUGCAGGAUUCAAGAGAGGCUGAGAAUAUUAGAAGAAGAACAAAGAAAACUGGAUGAAGAGCAGAAGAGAUUAGAAGAAGAAGAAAUACAAAGACGACUGGAAGAAGAAAGAAAGCGACUUGAGGAAGAAAAGCGAAAGAAAAAGGAGGAGGAAGAGAGAAAGAGAAGGGAGGAAGAGGCGAGGCUUCGAAGAGAAUUAGAAGAAAGACAAAAGAGAGAAGAGGAGGAAAGACUGCGCAGAGAAGAAGCAGAAAAGAGACGUUUGGCUGAGUUGGAGAGAAAGCGAAGGGAAGAAGAAGAACGGAAAAAAAAGGAGGAGGAGGAGAGAAUGCGCAAAGAGGAAGAAGAGAGGAAGAAGCGAGCGGAGGAAGAGAGAAAGCGAAGGGAACAGGAUGAACGCAGGAAAAGAGAAGAGGAAAGAAGAAGGAAAGAGGAAGAGGAACGUAGGAAGAGAGAAGAAGAAGCUAGAAAGCGGAGAGAAGAAGACGAAAGAAGACGAAAAGAGGAAGAGGAACGCUGGGAAAGGGAGGAAGCAGAGAGAAAGAGGAGAGAAGAGGAGAAGAGAAAGCAGCGUGAGGAGGAGGAAAAAAAGAGAAAGGAAAGAGAAAGGAAACGAAAAGAAGAAGAAGAGCGCAAAAGAAAGGAAGCUGAGGAGAAAAAGAAACUCGAAGAGGAGGAAAAGGUUGGUUUGUUACAAAAUGAAAACAAUGAGUUGUUACUGUGACAGCAACUUCGCCUAGUCCAAUAGCGAGGAAAAAUUAAAAGAAUUCUCGUACCUUAAGGAAAAAAUAAUAUAAAGCAUUUUUACUGCUCCUUGGUCAAUGUACAGCAUUCUCUUUUCAAAUGGCCUUGGUCUUGAAAAAAUGCAACUUCAUUGAAAGAGGUAUACACUAAAACUUGGACAAAUUCUCUUGCAGUUAAAAGCUGUUACCUAUAUCACGCCUGAACCACGUGUUCAACUGGUGGAGCAGGAACCAAGGCUGUUUAGUAGUCCAGUGGUGGAUGAGGUUAUUGCAACAGUGGAUGAAGAUGUUGUCGAGGCAGGGGUAGACCCAGGAUUUCUACAAGAAAAGCUGGACGACUGGAAUAAAGAGGCUCAAGACAUCGACCUGUACGUUGAAGUUAUAAGUUACAUUUCAUUGAUUUAGAGGAGGCCAAUCUCUUUUCUUUUAAACGUUAAAAUUCUGCCCUCUCGAAAGCCAAACGUUAAUUUAUCAAGUCCAGCUUCAUCUAAGAUUUGAUAUAACAGGUAAUAUCCGGUGAUUCCGGGUUCAAGUCUGCUCCUGACGGUCUCUGUGCUGCCGGGUUCAACUGUAUCAUUUAUUUUUUCGACCGCACUGGCAUUCUUGUUAUAAAUACUACGGAAUUACCUUAGUAUACUGUUAGCACCCCCAAAAAAAAUCGUUUUUUUAUAUGAAUUUUCAAAUAGCUAGCGUGACCAUUCCGCGCGCCUCGUUUGGUUAAAUAUCGUUGUUUUUUUUCGAGGUGCUAAAAGUUUAGUGUUUUCAGUAGUACUAUCGAAGGCAAAAAAGGAAUGUUAUUAUUGUCAUUAGUAGAAAUCGGGUGGAAGAAAUAUAAUUGGAACUUUGGAAUGAAUUUUUGCUUAUAUAUCAGGUGGCUAACGGACCAAGAGGAUAAACUUCCGGAAUCAGACAAUGAAGACACUAUAGAUUCCUUGAAGGCAAAGGAAGACAAGAUUAAGGUGAGUCCGCGUCCUGCCGGUGAGGAAAACCAGAUCUUAUACGUAGUUUGAAAUUCGUCUAGAUCGAGAACCACUGUUUCCUGUCUUGAACACCAAAUACUCUCAGAAUCCAAUGCAUUUUCCGAAAUACUUUUCGGUGUCUCCCCUUAUCCUCAUUAAAAGUGGAUUCUGGUGGUAGGUGCUAAAUUCGUCUAAGAUCUUCUAAUUGCGUGUCUAAGAUUGUACGUGCAUUCCUGGGUCGAGAAAACUAUUCACUUCGAUGAUAAAUUCACACAGUAUUUUUCCAUAACCGAUUUUACAUAGUGAAAGCUGUAUUAGGUCGAGUCCGUUAUCUGCUCAAUACUCGUUUGUUUUCCAGAAAGUAUGGAUAGAGGAAUGUGGGACUUACUGAAUUACACCUUUAUAUAGGUUCUGCUAAAAAAGGGGUUAAGACGUCUGGGUUGAGGAAAUCGGUUCCAAAGUUCGACUAUUGUGAUCAGAUGUGAAAACAAGUAUUUGAGCCUUAGUCGUGUACCGGACACAGAUGACGUAAAACAAAAGAACAAAGCAGAUUUUUCCCUGAACUGAAAACGAAGAGGUCCUUUGUUGUACGUCAUCUGUGUCCGGUACACGAAGUUUUGACCGCAUUUUAACAGUAGUUCAAAGAAGGCUUAUCUUUGACACAUACCCUUGUUUAUUAAACUAAAUUCUAGAGCCUGGAAAGGGAUCUUCCAGUUUACGACAGAAGAUACCAUGAUCUGGAGAAAGGCUUCGAAGAAAUUAUGAACGAUAAUGGGUACACUGAAGAUCAACAGGAAGUGAUUGGCGAGAAGAUGGAUGACUUGAGAGUUCGAUGGCGGUCUCUGAACAACAAAAAAGACACCAAGAAAAAUAAGUAAAGAAAAAGAGCGGUUUUUUUUUUCAUUCUGUCAGUAAGAUUAGAGAAUUCCUUGAUCAUUUACAAUGAGUACAAAAUUGAGUGCAUAAAACAGAUCGUAUUUUGAUACUGUUUCAGCAAUAUUAGUUUUUGGUGAGGCUGUAAUAUAGAGAAAAAUUGAGUUUCCAAACAAAUGUGAUUCAGUUAUCUUCCACUUCAGGACAAGGAAAUUUUCUUAUCGGUUCUUACGCGGGCUUAAGGGUUGGCCUUGCUGGCCAUAGCAACCGUUACCGCGAAUUGCCAGCAAGCCAGCUCGUCCUGUUGUGACCAACACACCGCCACCUACGACGCGGUCGUCCAGUGUCGUCGUCGUUCGUAGACACUCUGAUGAAGGACGCUGGGGUGGCAUCUACGAGCAAACUUCUCAGCCCGCAUGAACAAUAGAGCGGACUGGGCGGCCAGGCGAUUAACUCAGCUGAGGCCGCCUGAAUGAUAAUGAUAAGGAAGGGUUAAGGUUUGGUAAAGUUGUGUGUAAUUUACAAGCAAGAUAUUAGUCCCUAGUUCGCUGCUCUGUUGAAGUGAAGAUUGCCACGGACUCUUUGCUUCUGGGAAAUGUGAAAAGUCUGACUGAAAACUUCAUCUCUAUGCCAUAUUUAAAAGUUCAGAUGUAUACAGUUAGUUUGUUGUGGCACAUAAAGCAAAUAGUGCUAUACACAACAGUGUUUUCGUUAGUCUACUCUAAGUCUAGUGUAUCGUUAGCCAGAAUUUUUAUAUUUCAUUUUCACCUCUUUUGCUUACCAGUUGCGUUGAGAUACGGUUGCUUUAUUUUGCCUUAGAUUGAAAGACAGGAUCUGGGAUGAAGAACAAAAGAAAGCUGGCGAACUCGCAGGAUGCCGUGUCAACCUGCAGGCAGUAAAGAACUGGAUCGCUCUUCGAGACAAAGAACUGGAUUCCAUGGAGCCUAUUGGAAAUGAUCUACAAACGUUGACACGUCAAAAGGAAGAUAUGAAGGUACAUCCGAUCAUUAUACGUUUCUGGGAAACUGCCCACCUACCCCUCCCCUAAGUCAACAUUAACAGUUACUUCUUACUUAGGGCCAAAUGCUGGUUUCGGGGAGGGAUAGGUGGACAGUUUCCCAGCAACGUAAUUUGUGUGCCCUAUGAUAAUCCAAAUUAGUAGCUAACAAUCAUACGUUUUUAAGCCACUCACUCCUCGAACUUUUGCCGAAGCUACUCGAGCCGUUUUCUGGGUACUACUUUGCCAAGAAGAGCCAAAUAGCAUCGUUUACAAGUCAAACGCUACGGGUUAUUUGGUCCGUGAAGUCAAAUGUUUUACUUUUCGCUUUCUCCCCUUCACGCUUUGGCUGUUGUUCCCUCGUUUUUUCCUUUAGAUGGGCUUUCACUAGGCUUCAUUUCGGUGCGGGGAAAGGUAUUUGGGAAGAGUUUUAGAAUCGUAGGAUCAAUGAGAGAAAGUGCAGGAAGGUAGUUUUAUUAUGCGCUUUUCUCCUGCCUGUUUGACUGAAUCCUGCUCAUUUGGGUAUUUAUUUCCCUAUGCACAAGUUGGGUGUCAGAGUUUUCUAUGACGGUUAAAAUUGAUGACGUCACAAGAGACUUUGGUUCCGCGCGGGCGGUUACGGGCGGUCCAGGAGCAGUGGGUUGAUCAAAGCCAGAUCGAAACGCGCGUGAUCGAAUUGCGUUCUACAACAGUACAUUAUUUGAACUACCAUUUUCUACAACUGAUUAAUGCACGGUUAUAGAGUCUACUAAUUAUGUGAACCUCAAUCAACUCACGUUUGCGCCAGUGUAUAAUAAGCAUGAAUAAAACUUAAACUUAAUGGUUUUGAUCUUUACCACAGCAAUUAUCCCAACGUCUCAACGACUAUGAACCGAGGUUUACAGAAGCAAUCGACUCAGCAUAUAAAUUAUGUAAAGAUCCUGCGUUCUCUAGAGAGCAAAAUAAAGCCCUCCGAAAUGAUGCAGAAGACUGCGAAAAAAAGUGGGACGACGUUGUAGAAAAGCUUAAAGACAGAAUGGACGGGUAAAACUGUUUUUGUUGUUGAUGUUGUUGUUACUGUUGUUGUUGUAUCAAUGUAGUAAUUCUUAGUCGUUGAAUUGCCAAAGAACAAAGUAGAUCGUGAUUGAACCCUUUGCCACAAAACGGCCCGUUCGCUUUCUGCCUCUCAUUUUGCUUCAUUUUUUACUAAACGUACUUGUUUGAGUUAAUAGGGACCUUAGCAUCCAAGGACAGCGGUGACGGUGGCGAAACCUUUCGCGUUCUUCCGAUCUUCAUCGCAAGUAUUUCAACUCUAUUAUUUUGUCAAAUAUAGGCAAACUCUCCUGGAUUUGAAUUUCAUAAAACCGUGUCCAAGCUGAGAAAAUUUCGUGGUCGCUUACGUCCUCCAUAAACCGUGAAAUGAGACUUUUUCACGCCCUUGUCGUGCAGUGACGGGAAAGAAAUGUAAAAAGAGGGUGAUGCACUUGCAGAGUUGUUGUUUUGCUUUUUUAUUGUUCUCGUUGCCCUCGCCUUCGUCGGAUCUCGAGGUCCCUAAUAGGGCAUUAGGAACCUUGUAAAGGUCCCACCUUUGUGGUACUUUUAAGGGGGCCUUACGUUUCCUGUUUUUGCUGAUAGCAUUGUGAAAAAGAUUCCAAAGCUUCAAAAGAAUCAACAGGAGGUGCUGGAAGAGUGGAAAGACAAUUCUGCUCGGUUUGAGAAAUCUCUGAGGAAGACAGAAGAGAAGCUCAAGGAACAAACCGCAACUGGGAGAGAGGUAAGCGAUCAUUUUUUCCUCGGGUCUUGUUUUUCUUGUUCGCUGGUUGUUUUAAUUUCGUCAGUUCGAUGUCGCGAUUGAUUUCAUCAGGUGCAUUGAUGAAGGUCGCUGUCCUUUCACCGUUGGAGUCGGGUAAGAUCGUCGAGAUCGCUAGCUUGGUUUCAAAUGUACCAAGGAGGUGGGCGUCGGGGUUUAUAGCGGUGGGGAUGGGGAGGAGGCGAGAAAAAUGUCCUUUUGAUUCGCCCCACCCUUUACGUAGAUUUUAUACUCAUCUUUAAGCUACGCACGGUACAUUUUAAGCCAAGAUGGCUGAUCGUCAGGGUAGGCGCUCGUUCCCGACGGUCUUACGGAAAAGUAGAGGACUAUGAACAGUCUAGCUUCAUAAGCGAUUUGUUUUCUGAGAUAGAAUGCACGCACUACAAGCAUCGGAGGCCUAAUGGAUUCUUUGUCAAAAAAAAAUCAUUAUAUAUGACAAUAAUUCGUUAUUCUUUUCUGAGAUCUAAUCAUGAUUGACGUUGUCCUUGAAUUCUUACAGCUUGGUUACGAAAAGUGGUCACCAGAGAGGAGAUCGCCCGAGCUAGAAAGAAGAAAAAGAGAGGGUGAUAAUGAAUGGAAACCAGCUGUAGACGAGUUUAAUGACAGACUUAAAAGGUAACAACUUAUUUUACUGAUGCAUUUGGGUUGGACGACAACCUCAUUCCCAGGGUUCUCCACCACCGUUCUUUGCGAGUGGGAAAGAACCUAGGAUGAGGCUGAAGGGGACAGUUUUUAUGCCUAAGAGUGUGGUUUAGAAGAUUCGGUUAGUUAGAUACUGAUACAAGUGUUCUUUCAUGGAAUUUUGUUUUGCUUCUCUACUGUAACCAGGCAUCUUCCCCUUAAUGAUAAUCAAACUUGAUUUCAAAUAUAUCAAGACAUAUUUAUAUGAGCGACAUUUGACUUUUAUUCCAGUCAGUCUCCGCGUCAUUAUUGUGGGAGCUCAAGUUCUUUUAUUAGCUUUACCAUGCUUAUAAGGCCGAGAAACGGUCUCCAUGCAUUAAAGUAAAUCCCAGUAAGAACUAUUUCUGAUCGUUAUUUGAAGACCAUUGAGGCCCAUGGUGCUCUGCUGCGCGGGCAAGCUCCGCUAUUAAGCCUGCUAUUAGUGCCCAACAGUUCAAAAGUUUUCUACAAGCCGCUCUCUACAAGACCAGGCUAAGUUUCUAUCGGGCCGCCAUACUGUUGCACCAGCCUGUAGCACACUCUUAUUGCGCACACCCUUUCUUCCCUCCUAUAAUUCUUUUUUUGUCCGGUUUUAGUAUUUUUGUCUGAUAGUUUUAGACAUUGUAGGGGUUGAAAGUCCGAAUUGGAGCUCUUGCCCUGUUUUCAUCUCCUGACAGCGUAAACUAUACUAAAUCAAGACCUUUAUGUUCUUGAAGAAAUUCAUCAGGCUAGUGAAGUUAAUGUCUAUUUAAAUCUUCUCAAAACAUAGCCAAAGUCUUAAAGUCUUAAUGAUGCUGACAGUUUCGAUGACUGUCAGCCAUCUUUAUCAAAACUUGGAAUCGUCAAUUAUGUUUAUGUUCUCUUGACUAAACUAAACCGAUGCAACGUAAGCAAUUUUUUACCCCCAAUCAUUAUCUGAUUAUCUUUCCAAGCCGAGUAUCUUUGAUAAAAUUAAUAUCUUCCUUUUUCAGUGUCAGAGAAAGGCUUCAAGAUAUCCAGAGGGAAAAGAAAAAUCGAAAGUGGUCGAUACUUGAAGCCUUGAAGGACGUUAUGAACUCGAUAACCUCUAGGUUUCGCGGAAGUUCCAAAUCGGGAGUCAGCCUUGACAAAUUGGUGGAUCUCAUAGAAGACCACGAGGUAAUGAUAAAUACGCUUGAGAUUACGCCAAUAUGGCGGAUGUGACGCUACGUGACGUGAAAACGCUCUAUAUUGAUUUUCAUCAUUAUUGUUAUUUUAAAGGAUAUUAUGACGGAUACUUCCUCUAAACAAAAAGAUGCUGACGAGGUGUUUUCCACGGGUGCAAGUUCUCUGGAUAGUGGAGUAUUAACCAAUGAUCAAGCCAUCGACUUACAAGAGCGCAUGUCUGACCUGAAUCGACGAUGGAAUGUACUAAAUAUUGACGUCAUCCAGCGUGAAAAAAGGUUAGAUUUCUAACAUAUAAAUGUCUGGUACAGUUCGAAUCUUGUUCAAGUCUGAAUCAGUUAAUGUCAGGGUUUCUUUUCGCAACUGCUUAAGUUGCGUACAUAACUGGGCGUCGGUUAAAUCUUUUUCCAGUUUCCCACCGUUCAAAUAUAUGAUGAAAUUUCUUAUACUCUAUUGGACAACUAACAAUCUUCUCCUCGAAGAUAUAUAAAUAAAUAAAAUUAAACAAUAACACCUUUUUUUUCUAAAAUGAGUUUAUCAAUACAGUUCAUUUUGUAUCAGCGACUGAAGUGCGAGACGAAUUUUCUCAGAAAGCCGUGUUUGAAGGGUAACAUUCACAGCAGAUUCUAUUGAUGCGCAACAGAAGAAUCGUAAAUCCAACCAAAAAGAAGAAUGCAAUGAUGAAUGACAGGUGUAAUGUGAACAUUAAAAUUGUGCCAUCGGGGCCUCUAAAAUGCCAGCAAGUCCGUACAAGCGAGAGACUACUAACGGGAGUCUAUUUCGGUCAGUCCUCUAUAAUUUCUUUUUGCUGGAAAUUUAUUCGCAUGCUGCACGUAUUAUCGGGUAAUCCCGGCGUUAUAGCGAGGUGUCCCAAAUUCGAAAGUUCAGUAGUGUAUUGUAAAUCCCAUAUUCUCACUGGCUAACUCUGUCGUUAUCUAUUAGCCCAUAUAUGAAGUCUGGGUUUAAUGCCAAUGAAUACAGUUAGGAGUUAAAGAUUUGAAGGCUUCGUUGCACAUCUGCAAAUAAACAAGUCUUGUGAUCGUCUCCUUAUAGUUAAAGCAUCUCUUAAACAACAACAAAAGCCUUUUGGUACACAGUACGUAAAAUGUAGAGUGGGUUUAGCUUUAUUCUGUUCUUUGGGCAAUGGCAAAUAACGGUUUCCCCCAUAUUUCAAAAAUCUAAUGUUGUGGAAUUUACGGAAUGUUUUUAGUCCUGCUGUCUGUAGUCUGUUCACCCAACCUAAACAACCUUAUCGUGCUUUGGUAAACAUCACAGCUAGAAUAAACAUUUACAAUAAUAAUCUUAAACGCGCCAUUGAUUAACAUUUGCGUGUGAAUAAUUUCAUAAGAAACAAUAAUACCUGCAUACCCGUGUUGCCAACAAAUUUCGCAUCGAGAAAAAAGUUAUUGAUCACCAGCAUGGAAGACGAUGAUGAUGAUGUAGAGCUAUCCCUUGCUCGAGCUUCUUUUUCAGUGGAGCAAAUACAACGGAGGUACAUUUGUAUACGUGUACACACUCCUUUAGUAAUCAUGUCUGUCUUUGUAUAUAUGCACCCGAAGGUCAGUGGUAUUCUGCCACUAACGGAGCACUGAUUCAGAACUGGUGUUAAAACCGCGAAUUUUACACAAUUUACUAGGCAGUCUCUUUCAUUUUCUCCUGGUUCAGAUGAUCAAUUUUAAAUUCUGGGCUCCACCUUGCCAGAUAGAGAGCAGUUACCACCAUUGUGCCAAGACUUGUUAAAUAUUUUGGUCACGCUUCACAAAUUUUAAAAUCCACUAUAAGAUUUGUAACGGGAUCAAUUGUUCGAAAUUGUACUUUAACGGUGGAAGCAAAGUCUUCUUCCAUUACUUGCUCUUCAAAGUCAGCAAUUCAGCCGGAUGAGCUUGGAAGCGAGUGUACAUUCGUUGAUAAAUUCGUGGAGUAUGUCAUUUAGGUCCAGAAACCGUCAAAUUGUAGUACUGAGUGAGGUCAAGAAUUAUCGCGAAUUUACAAUUGUCAUUUGGUAUUAAAAGCGCGUUGAAUCGGAUUGUUUACCACAAUACCGAUUUAGAGUCUAUUAGCCGUCUAGUUGUUGUCUCUGUGUAGUCCUUAUUUAUGCUCUUAAUCUGCACACGAGGGGAAAAAGGUAACCGUGAACUUAGGCUUAGGGGUAGUUAGAAGGCUAACGUCAGAUCUCAGAUUAAGAAACUUGCAGGUUAGGAUAAAAGCAGGAUAAAAAGUGUUUACAAUAUUAUGGAUGGAUUUGUGUAGAUUUAGUGAACCUGUAACCACUUGUAAAGGGCCAACUUACUUCGCAAGGUUGAAAUUGUCGUUUGCAGGCUCCAUAUCUCUCUAAGGGCCUGUUUACAUGUAGGUGAGGUAACAUACGGCGGGUCACCCCACCUAUCAUGCAAACGUGAUCAAAUUAAAAUAAGAGAUUAUAUGGAGAGGCGGGUUACCCCACCUAAGCGGGUUACCUCACCCGCCUGGGGUCCCCCACUUCCAUGUAAACAGGCCCUUUAAUUCGCGAACAACACCUCUGAGUCAAGUAUUCUUCUUUCGUUGUUAUUUCACUUACGGACUCAAGUGUAAGAACCGUCGUGUGCAUAGCUGAAUGGUCACAUGAUAAGACGUUUCCCAAGCUCUUUCCCUGAAAGUUAGUGAUAAAACGCCGGUUCACCAUAAGCCUUGGAAAAGUACUCCAAGAUAUCAGCACUUCACCAGUCAGAGAGGUGGCAUCUGAGUAAAGAUUACUGAAAAAUAGAAACAUUGUUUGAGUACAGCAUAAUCUUUGACUCAGUAUAUAGAGUUUUGGCGAUGUUUGCCUCCAGUCUGUAUUUUUCGGUAAGUCAUAUUGUAUGUAAAAGUUUAAUUUUACCCUUGCAGGCUAGAGAAGUUCGCCGAAGACAUCGAAAACGAGUAUAAACAAUUCGACAGCUGGCGUGAGCGGUGUGAUAACAUGAACCAGUGGCUCAGCGAGUCCGAGAAACUCAUCAAAAGCGAAGAAAAGAUUGGAACGGACAUAGAAGUUAUUAAAGAACAGAUCACGGACAAUCAGGUGAGAACUUAGGUAUUUUUUUAGUUACUUGGAAGGUUGUAUUCAUUAGGUAUCUUAUGAUACUCAAGAAUUAUUCGAGAUCAAAAUUUCAAUUCUCAUUUGUUGCCCCUAUUCAUUUCCAACAGAAGUAUUUGGGAGAAGUUGAUAAAAUAUCGAGCAAAUCCAUCUUGUGUGAUCAUGUCCGUAAUUCUUAUGACCACUCUGUUUUACAAAGCAUUGAUAUUACAAGGAGAAAUUAGGUGCUAAUCACUCUUAGGGCUUAAAGAGUUAAAUGCACCUCUUUUCAUGUGCUCGAAUGGCGGUAUGGACACCAAAGCUUUCUUCGUAGUUACUCUUGUGUAUGUCUACAGGCCUAAAAUGGUAUUUUUGAACUUUUGAUGGAGGUUUGUUUUCCUUUUUCAUGUAUUUUAAUAUGUUGUCGGGGAAGCAAUGCUACAAUGAAAAAAAUGUUUUAGGGAAGUGGCCUAUUUGGCGGCAACUUUUUCAAAAGUCCGACCAGAGAGAUAUUUUAAAAUUUCGUUUUUAUUUUUACGUAGAAACAUUGUUUAUUUACUAAAUUAUUUCUAUUUAAUUACUUCCUAGUGUUGUUUAUAUUGAUGAUUCUAUAAAUGGUGCGAUAACUGUAAAGAUUUUGCUCACGAAAUAAACGUAGAUGUUUUGUUUCUUAUGUCCGCACGUUUCUUUCUUCUUCAGCUCUUUCUUAAUGAAGUAAAGCAGUACGAACCUAAAGUAGAGGCUAUGCUCAAAGACAGCCAGGAUCUCGUCGAGAGCAGUAAACUUGAUAAAACGGACAUCGACGGAGUUGAUAAGACUAAGAAUGCACUCAGCGCCAGAUGGAAGGAUGUCGAUGAUCAUCUGAACGAUCGACAGCGAAAGUAAGUGGGGUAGCUGUGUAGUUACUACAUCCUGGGAGACCCAGGGGCGGUUAGUCGUGGUCAAAGUUUACUGUAAGAUCUCGUCUCGAUCCUACAGUAAACUUUGACCACGAACAUUUUAUCGACCCGACUAACCGCCUCUGGGUCUCCGAGGAUGUAGUUACUAAUGCCGCGAGUUCGGACCCAAGACGCCUUCUUUGGGCGGAUUCAUUCAUACAGCAUACACGUAUAGUUGGCGCCCAUUUUUGGGCUUUAAAAAACCGGGGGGGAAAUGCGAUCGCUAUACGCGUUUGCUGCACAUGAAUUUAAAAAAAUUGGGGCAAGACGGACUCACAAAUUAAAUUGUCGGUCAACAAUCGCAAGGCGCCCGCACGAUCUGUCACUGUAACCGUUUGUAAUUUUAUUUAAAAUGUUGAGAUUUACUCUAUCAUAGUAAAGUGAUGGAUCAUAUACAGCUAUUUCGAGAAAGGUUGUCGGAAAAAGUGCACGCGACGAUCCCGAAAGGCAUCCUGGGUGGUUUUAAGUUCAUUGUUCUUUAAAGAAAUUUGCUGAAAGAACAGGUACGAAAGGCCUUGGAAAUGUGUUUGCGAGUGCUAAAGGAAAGCAACAAAAGUAGGUUCGACAGGUACAGUUGUCAGAAACAGUGUAUUGAUCAUAUCCCAUAUAUAUUACCUUUCGGGAUUGCCGCGUGCACACGUUUCCGACAACCUUUCUAGAUAUAGCUGUAUCUUUGUAUAGAUUGAUGCUAAUCAAAUACGUGUGGUACGAUGUCGUCCUUUUGCAUCAAAACUGACAGUUUGAGUUUCAGUAUUAUUUGAGUUAACCACUGUCCAGUCGACGGUUAAAUCGAAGUGCUUCAAAAUGGCUCCAUUAUUCUGCUUGUAAGUCUACGAAGCUUUGUAAUACCCGUUAUAAUUUUACGAAAUAAAAUUUCCUUUACUAUUUUUGUAAUGAAUAUUUGAAGACAAGAUUGCCCUGAAUGUUCUUGUUAAUGUUGUGUAUUGUUUUGCAGGCUAGAAGCAGCUCUUUUGAACAUACUCAAGAAAGACACUGAAGGAAAGCUUGGUGGGUGGAGAGAGCAGUCCACGGCACUUGGUCUGCUCAUCACUGAGGCUUCAAAGAAAGUAAAUAAGGAUGUGGACGAAACUGACUACGGGGAAAUCCAGUCUAGUGCUUUGCGGAUACAGGUAAAAUAAACACAAUACUUUCCACUCAAAACUGGACAACCGUUCAAACCCCGUUGAAGUCCUGAAUUUUUUUCAGGCUUCUUUACGCAAUUGCAUAAAUUGCGUUCCCUGCGACGAUCAUUUCUUCAUUUUCUUUUUUUUUUUCAUUUUUUUCGUUGUGGAAUAGUUGCCACAAGCCUCUUAUUCAAAGCGAGGCGAAGUGUGAAGCCAUUGAUAUGAAAAUGUCAUUUUAUUCUCAUUCAAACAAUACUCAUUUUCACAAAGUUAUGCACUUAGCCUCGGUUCGGAAGUGAGAGUCUUUGGAACUCGGAAAUGACCUAUGUGCGGUUUUCUUAUAAUCUUACUUUUCUUAUUAAAGCUUAAACCUUUGCCCUUUGGUUACUGCUUUGGCUGUUUUCGUUCCAUGUGUUGCGAUAUUUUCCUCCCUUUGAUGGCAGCUUUGUCCACUGUCGUUCCAUAUGUUACGAUGCAUAUUUUCCUCCCUUUGAUGGCAGCUUUGUCCGCUGUCGUUCCAUGUGUUGGGAUGUAUAUUUUCCUUCCUGGGCCCAUGUAGCUUCCAGUCUAAAUUUUGGCAGCUUUAUUACAUCCAAUUAGCUAGAUAACUAUGCUUUCAUUAUUGUAAAUUUUGUUUUUAGCGAUAUCCAUGCUAAUUAGGUUUUUUUCGGUGCUGGCUGGCGGUCGCCAAAUGGUUGAGAUAAAAAAAUAUGCAGAGAUUCUGUGUUCACAGACAGAUACAUUGAAGGAAAAGACUCCUGCGAAAUACGCUGAACAAGAGAAAAAUUACUUGCUCUUUGAGAAACGUUUAGUGUAGUGUUGCAUUUUAUGGAACUAUGCGGGAAGAUUUUUUAUACAGUGAGUGGCAACCUGAAAUUCUUUUUUUAAACCUUUGCAGCAAGUUGAAGCCUCUAUCAACGAAGACUUAAGUAGAGAACUGGUUGAAGUGACAGAAGCAGGCCGUGACAUAAUAGAGAAGAAAGAAUUACAGCCUGAUGACGCAGAUGAAGUUAACGAAACGCUUAGCGCACUCAAUCGACAAAUGGCUGACUUAGAGAGAGACACCAGGGAGAGAAAAGACAGGUAAUAAGUUGUGGAAUUGUUCUGAAAGUAUUCUGACUGAACAAUUAAUUAUUGGACAAGGUUGAGCAAAAUAUCGUGAAUUGUUAUUUCAAGUGUGGUCUGUGCGAUGCAGACGAUGCCUGUUUCUCUUACAACAAGGUGUGGAGGAACACAAGCGAUCAACAAUUGGAAACAAACCACGUAAAGAUGAGCAUGAAAGGAUCCGGAGACCAUUACAUGCAGUAUCAAAAUCUUUUAAAAGUGUCAGAGCAAACUCGACUGCUUGAUCUUCGAAAUACUUUUUAUUCGCGAACUAAAACCAAAAGUGAACAAGCGAUGUGACUCGUGCUCGAACCUUGCGAGGUUAUUUAUUUAGUUAUUUCACUAUUAAAUAUCUCUUACCAUUUUAGCGUUCCUGUUAUCAUUAACGCUGUGAUUUUCUUGUAUGGUUUCUUUAUAAAUAUUUUAAAGUUUUUUAGUCAGUAUCUCAUUGGUCCUUUCACAUUUUGCACAUGCUAACUUUUUACUUCUGAACUUGAAUAUGACUGUCCGACGAUUGAAACGUCUUUCUUUUUUAACGUAAAUUUUUGUAGUGAAAUCCGAAAACGUUUUAAUAUUGGAUUCACCUAAAGAAACUCACCUCGGUAAUGAAACUUUGUAUUAUUAGAAUGAAGGAAUCCUCUCUGAAAUACUUUGGUCGUUCACUUGCUGAAUGUGAACAUGCUGCUGAGAAACUCGAAGAUGCUGCCACAAAUUUCACUGACGUUGGGGUUGACAUUAACGAAGUUGGAAAACAACUUGCAGAUUUGCAGGUAAUACAGAAAAAAAAAUUUUCAAUUAGCAAGCCUGUCAUCAAAGGUCCCUCAUUUCCUUUACCGAAGCAAAUAAACAGCGAAAGCAGCACGCUGGCUAUCCACAUCUUGUAACCCUUCUAGGGAACGCGCCCAUCCUUUUUUGUUUUUGUUUGAAACGUGCAGUUUUUGAUACGUGUUGGCCCUUCGUUCACAACGAUCAAAAACGCGAGUUAUUGAAAACCCCCUUGAAGGUAGUGGUCAAUCAUGAACGUAUUUUAGUUUGAACGGACAUAAACGAACUGCUUAAAGUAAGCCUACCAUACACAGGAAGAAAUAACGUGUUUCCGUUUUUUGUAAACUCGACGGAAUCAGAGAAAUAUAUAUUUCUUUGAUUAAGCGCCCACGCUCUCAACCCAGCAAAAAAGCCCCUUUGUUCCCCUCCCACUUUCCAAGUAAUAAAUGAAUAUGGCGGUGUCGUUCUCUGUUUGUUAUUAAUAUUAUACUCUUUUCUUGUCUGAUAACACCCGUACCACAUUACAUGUCUACGACACAUUAACCCUUUAAGCCCCAAAUAUCCACUUAGAAAUUCUGGAUCAUUAUACGUUUCUGGGAAGUUGCCCACCUACCCCUCUCCCAAGCCAACAUUAACACAUACCUCUCACUUAGGGCAAAAUGUUGGCUUAGGGGAGGGGUAGGUGGGCAGUUUCCCAGAGACGCAUUGAUGAUGUUGGUCCCUCUUAGGACUUAGAUUGGACUCUGUGGGAUUUAAAGUUAAGAACCGCUGCACUGCUGAUUGAUCAGCGUGCUUUCCUUUUUAAAGGACGAGGAAUUAAUAGGAGUACCUUUAUGAUGAGAUAUUGUCUUUAAUUUUAAGGAAUUUGAAAAUGAUUUGGUGAAAGAAGAAGCAAAAUUUAGUGACAUAAAAGAACAGUUUGAAGAUGCAAAGGAAACAAGUUUGCUUAGGGAAGAAGACAAGGCUAGAAUACAGCGCAGGAUUGCAGCUCUCGAUGAUAAGUGGGCAGAACUGAACAAACUUCAUGAUGACAACCGUCGGAGGUAAGAGUUUGUCUUGAGCAAUACCUCUUCCUUUUUUUAAGGAGGUUUGCACUUAUUUUUUAAGGUCUCGCCCCCUCUUGUUUGAUGCUUCACAACUUUGGUUGCAGUGCAUGUACGGAAAAGCCACAAAGUGAAACAAGUAUCUAACAUUGAACUUAAUUUAAGAUUAUGCUUCGUUGACAUCGCCGCUUCAUAGCAACAGAAUAACGAUGACAUGAAAUGUACAAAUUGGGAAUUUUCUCGAAAUCCAACUAUGAUCUGUUAAAAUCCUCUAGUGUGCUAACAGUUUAGACCGCUGUCUUUACCUUGGCUGUCCAUAAACGCUAUUAACAUAGAUUUAUUAAGAGACAAAAAAGUAUAUUGCUUGGUUUAAUUAACAGUUUUCUUGUUUCAUCCUCAUUGUCACGCAUUCUACACACACAAAAAGAGAAAAGAGAAAUUAUGCCCCGGAUAAAAUUAAUUAAAACAUUUACGCUUUCUAAAAAAUGACGUUUUUUCCAGAUUAACGCAAGCGCUGAUAGUUUUUCAUGAAGAAUUGAUGGAAGAGAUCUAUGACUGGAUAAACGAUACUGAGAAACAGGCGGAAUCCAUAGCAGUAAAUGAGGAUAACAUCAACUCAGUAAUGGAGGAGUAUAGAAGACAUACGGUAAUACCAAUGUUUUACUGAAUAUCUGCGUUCCUCGGAGUUGUACUUAGCUUAGCUUACAGUCAGUAAGCUUAGCUGGUUACAACGACAGAAAACAGAGAAGAGCUACAGUGAACUUUCUGUCUUUGUAUACUUUUCUUUAUAUAGCGAAGAUCCUUUAUAUACUGUAGUGAAGACUUUCAUUGCUUGCAGGUCCUUGACCCUGAGAAAGCAAAUUUCCUAUGAAAACAUGCGUCUGAACCGCUAUGUAAACUUGUAGUUGAAAAUAAACAGCGUAAACAGCUGAUGGAUUGCGCGCAGCCGGAUGAUGAUGUACAUCUAACUCCUUUGCAACAGUUCCUUCUUAUUACCAUUUCGAUUUAUACGGCGGCAUUUCAACCAAAACUUUACUUGAGCAACGGUCAUUUUUUCUAUCUCUUCUUCACUAAAGCUAGCACCAGGAAUGUCCUCCAGAGUAAGGUCGACUUGAUCGUUCGUCAUGUUAGUUAUAAUUUUGCCGCGAGGGGUAUUAAGCCUCACUUCCAUGCAACUUCCGGUUUUUUGCUGGAAGCGGAGUAUUUUCGUCAGUUCGAUUCCUAUUAGCGCCAAAGAUAUUUCCCGCCCCUCUACACCACACCAGAGACAAAAUGGCAUUUUGCUUUAUGUUGACUAUCUUGGGCAGUAUUAUAAUUAUGAUCAUGAUUAUGAUUAUUUUUAUUGUUAUCAUACUGUUGAAAGCACGUUUAUUCCAGAGUGCCGGUCCAUCACCAAAGCUCAGUGUCACCCAAAGACACAAGUAAUUCGCCAGAGGCCGCUAGUUCUGCUAAGAAAGUAUUCAACUGGCCCAAUGUUUAGUCUGCUGUAAGCGGCCAUGAAUAAGAGCAAUUCUAUGGGCAAACGGCACACUAAACACCUUGCAAUGUGUUGCAGAUACAAUGUAAAUUAAACAAAAAUUUACUCUUAUGAUUUGGUUCUUAAACAGGAACUGAAGGAGGAUAUUGCGUCAUUCGAGCCAACCUUUAGGAAAGCAAUGUCAAUCAGUGAUCGGCUUUUGAGUGAAAAACUUGUGGAUCCCGAGAGAACCGAGAGUUAUGAAACAGAGAUAAGUACUCUGGAGAAGAGAUGGACACGACUACAAAUGAAGACAAUGGACAAUGGGACGAAGUGAGUGUUUUUAAAAGGGUCGGUCGUAUUGGGGGAGGCGGGCUAGUUUCUGGAAAGUUUAUUGUAUGUUUUAAAAACUUCGUUUUGUGGUGUGAACACGGAAAACAUAAAAUAGCUCUUCGAACCUGAUAAUAACUAGGAUUUUUGAAAACAUGUACCUGAGCUCGGUUGCAUAAAGCUACGAGGAUGAUAAACUGUGGAUUUUCUGCCAUCGUCAGUACCUUUAUUCCCGAAGCCUGGUUUCUACUAGCGCAUAAGCAUAAGCAUAAUGGCAUAUUUGACUCAGUUCUCGAUACCAGCUCCCUCAACCCAAUGAUAAACAAGAUGGCAGACGCUUCGUCCGCCAUAUUGCUUUUGAUAUGUUGGCAUGAGGUCUGGGUCAAAGUGGCCUAUUUUUAGUCCACGGCCUUGUGCUUAUGCUUGUGCUUAUGUCGACCCAGUUUUCACCAGUCAAAGCUACGACAUAAGCAUAAGCAUAAGCACAAGAAGAACGAACUUGUCCGUUUUUCUUGUGCUUAUGCUUAUGUCGACCCAGUUUUAACUUGCCUACACAUGUGCUUGUGCUCAUGCUUAUGCGCUACUGAAAACCAGGAUUGAGGCGUCUUUUGCAAGUAUUAUGGAUACGUCAGUAGACACAGUUUUACAAGUACAGUAAACACGAAAUAGAGCACAAUAAAAACGUUGGAACACAGAGGAACGAAACCAAAAACCCCCAGUUUCUUUAAUCUUUAAAUGGUAGAAAUGCCUUUGUAUAAGUGAUAAAUAUGUUUUACAUGAAGGUUUUUCCAAAUUUGUCGACACUAAUACUCUCUGGUGCUUUGUUGUGUUAAGAUUGUCUGGCGUCCUUGGAAGGUACAUCACAACGAGGCUAGACGACGCAGAAGUUGCUUUAACCCGUGCUGAGUCCAGCAUUGACAAAGAUGAUGGCGAUUAUUUGGAUCUCGAGGCUGCGAGGAAGGCGCUGGAUACUUUUGAGGUCAGUAAUGCACACCGCUUCCAUUUAUCAAUGGAAGCCUAAAGAACUGCCGUGACACAGCGACACCAUGACACCGUGACGCCGUGUUUACAGCCUAAAAAAAAUGGUCCAGAUCCAUCCCAGGUGCAAAUAGUACGGCUGCAACUGUAAAGCAUGGUUUUGCAAUCUAAACGAUCGUAGUGACAGGGAACGAGCCAUUUAGGUAGACUGGAGCCAGAGCAUGGAAAGUAACGUCAGACGUGAGUUUGACUGGGCUGAACCUUGAACGUUCGAGGUUUAUGUGUUACUGGCCACUAAAGUCUGCCCCAGCGAUCGCUAUUAUUCCUAUGGAUACCCAGGUUGUUUUAGAUCGUAUACGCUCUCUUUGCUUAUUGCUAAUUAGUGAUCACAUGAUCUUCCCAGGAGACUUUGUCAUUUGUCUUAUCGGAAAGGAAAGAGUGAAUGCGAGCAUAUAGCCUGCGAGCAAGCUCUUCAUUUCGAGUGUUUAGCAAAGGGAGCCGCGCGUGUUAUAGGGGUGGAUCUCUCGUGCCGAACGCGCGUGAUUUCUCACGAUACCCCCCAGAUGCAGAGCUUGCUCGCAGGCUUGCGAGAAUAAAAAGAUUUUGAAUUUUGAAAGACUCUGCGCGCCUUGGUUUGUCACCAUACGGUCUACAACAACGAAGUGUAUAGCUGCUGACUAACUGAUUUCUCAUUACGUUUCCAGAGACGAAAGGAAGGUGUUCGAGAUUCUCAAAAGAAUGUCGACGAGAUUCUCACUGAGUCACGUGCUAUUAUGAAAGAGGAUUUCUUCAAAGAACACGAACGCGACCAUUUCCGAGGAAGAAUUGAACUUAUCGACAAAAGAAACAAAGAGCUUGACGAGAAAGUAACUCAGGCGGAAAGAAGGUACUUUGUUUUAAAAAUUGAUAUAGAUUUCUUUUCAUUGAAGCCCCUUGCAAACUUUCUCUCAAAUAAUCAGGAUUGUUCGUUUUAACCAAUUCUGUCCUCAGCAUAGGUUGAAUUCAUUUCAUUAAGAAUGUCUCGUACUUUAAAUGUCAUUCAGGUCUUAUUCACUGAAUCUUGUACUAUCUGAACCACAAAGAAUUUGAUAGAUGCGUAAUUUUUUUCUUUCUUCUUGUUUCCAUUUUCUCUUCUUCUUUGUGCGAGUGAAUUAUCGAGGGAACUUUUUUUGAAGAUCGUGAAGUGAGCAAAUCGUGAAAAUAACCCGCAUAAAUUUUUAAAACCCGUAAAAUUUAGCUUGACCCGGUAAACGUUAAAGGUCUCAUUGUAAGGUAAGUUCGGUUUUAUUAUUUAUGUCAUUUGUCCUUGUUGAUUGAUAUUGUGUUUCAACAGGUUACUCGACACAUAUCUUUUGCUACUAAAGCAAAACUUGCAAAGAAUGAAUGUAUGGCUAAAUAUGGCAGAGUCCCGAAUAAAGGCACAAGGCGCGAUAGGACCCGGAUAUGAUGACGUAAAGAGACAACUAGAGGACCAUCAGGUGAGUAGAGGCGUCUCCACCUUAAUUUAUUAACAACUUAAACUUAAAACAAGCAUGAUAGUUUCAUUCAUAAACUCAUAAGAUAUAGCCUCCUAGCUUCCCCUUGUAGAACCACAGAAACGAGCUGUUCCAUGAAAUAAGGGAAUACUAAAUAGACAAUAAAUAUAUUUAUUAUAUGGACACGAGUGUUUUACUGGAAAAUAUACCACUCGUAAAAUUCAUAACUGAAACAACAUCCGGGACUCGAGUGUUUUAUUUUCCAUAAUCUCACACGUUAGUUUAUCGAUGACGUAAUUUCGGUAAUUUCCCUCCAUUAUUUUGUCAAUGUCUUUUUGUCUAUAUAAUAGAAAGAACAUUACACGGUGGCUUGAAGAUAUGACUUUUAUUUUCUCGUGGCAAAAACAAUGUUUUAGUCACUCGAUGCGCUCGCUCGUAAAAUAUUGUUUUGCGACUCGAAAAUAAAACUCACAUCCUCGCGCCACUGUGUAAUAUCCUCUAUAAAUAAGUAAACAAACAAAUAGAUAAUAAUUAAAUUAAGUGUUUAUUUGUCUACCAUAUUCCUGAUCGAACGAUGGAAUAGGAAUUUGAAAAUGUUGUUUUUGUGGAGUGGGGAACAUCUUGUUCAAAAACAAGUUUAUCGGAAUUUUUUUCGUCUUCUCGUCGAGGGAGCGAAUAUUUUUUGUCCAAUUUAGGAAACAAUAGCCCUUAGACCUUUUUUAUAUUGUAGAUUUUCCAAGAAGAACUUCGCGACCAUUCUAUGAUUACCAUGAUUCUUGGAGUGGACGUAACACACCCAGCCAUUGAUGAGAGCACGCAUCAACAAGUGAAGACACUUAGCGAACGCUGGAGCAAAGUGUGGAACUGGUCCGAACAGAGAAAAGCGCAACUUCUUAAGGUAUUUUACCAUUAUGAGUUUACGUGGAUGUCUAAACGAUCCAAAAGGUUUAGAAAAUGCAUCAGCUCCUUCCAUAUUAAGAGUCGAGGAGGGCCUCGAGCCGCGACCUUCGAAAUAUGUUAUUGACGUAAAGUUACUUGAGUGAUGGCCCCGCAGGAGGAGGUGUGUUAGGGUGGGGGGUGGGUUACUUAACAAAAGGUUUUACGGAGAGGCUUCGCCCGAGGUCCGACCCUUUACCCUUUUAUAUACCAUUCUUGACAGAAAAGGUACCUCUAUCGUAUACCUUUUAUUAACACUGAGAUGGUACCCUUUUUACACACUAGUUUACAACGCUGCAUCUCCUUCAACUGCUGUAAAUGCACCGUCUUUAAAAUAUGAAUAAGUCACUAAACCAGUAAGUCUUGUUGGUUUUAUCACAGCUUUUAAAUGUGCCUUUUAACCCUUUGGUAGGUCCUUUCCCAUAGCGCAAUGUACAGAUUUCCCUGCACUUUCAUAUCCUUCAAAUGGUUGAAUCUCAACCCUUUCAUAAACCUGAAACCUCAAGAAGGUACCCCUUUCUCCUUAUAGGGCAUAAUAAGGAGCGCUUAUCAUUUGUAUGGAAAACCCGGAAAUUGCGAGGAGAAUUCAAAUAGAAUGGUUCAUCCCGGUGGAAAUCUUCCGGAAAGAGAAAAGAGAAACAGAAAAAUUUACCGGUAUUUUGUAAAUGGUACAACUCAAUCCCGUUACUGUUUUCGGUGCCAAAAAAUACCUGUACCAUUUGACGGAAAUUUUUCACCGAAAUUUCUGUACAAAUGGUAAGCGCUCAAGGAGUAUCCCCCUCCUCCUCGGGGUCAUGGCAUACUGUUAUACCCUAUUAUACCCUGCGCACUAUGUCCCCAUGAUACAUGUCAAACAUUUUUGUUUGUUUGUUUGUUUGUUUGUUUGUUUUUAUGUUGUGAAGGGUUCUUUUUUGGUGAUCUAGGAUUGAGUAAAAAAUCUGGAAAACUACAAAAAUUUCCAGUUAGUAAAAUGAGAACUUUAAAGCCGUUUUAACUAUCGUCAAAUGGUGAAUGCUUAAGACGAUAAUCAACUUUUUUUAAUCAAUUGUAUUUUCGCAGGUUUUGGCGUACUGAUGAUGUUAUCACAGCGUCUUUGUUUUUGUUGUGUUUGUUCAAUUUUUGCUGUUUAUUUUCUUAACAAUGUUUUGUCUGUUAAGGUUUUGAGCAACUGGCAGAGAUUCCGCGAUGAGCAGUUGUUAUUGCUAAACUGGCUGUCAGACGAAGAGAAAACUCUGAAAGACAUGGGCAGAACAGAUCUCACUAAUGAGGAGGAAGUAAAACAAGAUUUGGAAAAACUUCACGUAAGAACGUGACUGAGUUUAAAAUUAUUUGUAUCAGUCUUAGUGCUAUGACAGACGAUAACGCACUUACGAAUUUGAACAAGGUUUUUAAUCAUUCGCCCACGGAGCUGUCCCAGUUGAAGUUAUUUAAGCCAUUCUAUGGAUAAGAAAAGUUUAUUUCUUGACUGUAUUGUGUCAGUGUGUAUUUCUCACCACUCCUCAAAUUUUUUCAUUUCUUUAUCAAUACUAUUAUUAUUAUUAUUAUUAUUAUUAUUAUUAUUAUUAUUAUUAUCAUUAUUAUUAUUAUUAUCAUUAAAUUAACUAUCUAGGCUAAAAGAGCUAAAUACAGUCAACUCUCUCGUAAGCGAACACCCUUAGUGCACGACAAAGUUGUCGCUUGCUGGAAGGUGGUCGCUUACGAGAGGUGGUUGACUACGAAUAGCUAUAUUACAUUACGUUUAUUCAUUGGAAAAAUACGACUUCGGGUUGCUUUUUAUCACUGAUUGACUAGUGUCUUUUGUCUUUUGAAGUCGUCACCUGAUGUGAAUGUCUGUCUUUCCCCGUUUGAAAAACUAGGUUAUACAAAAAGAGUUAGACGAACAAGGAACUCGACUGCAAUCCUUGCACCAGGCCGGCUCAGAUUUGCUGAAGAACGUUGAUGAAAGUGAUUCAGCAGCAGCAGAGAUAAAUACUCAGCUUAAAGACUUUGACGACUGUUGGAAUGAUAUUGCAAAACAAGUCAUAAACAGAAUACAACUGGUGAGCUACUUUAGAUAAAUGAUCGCGACUUUUGAAAAGGAAGUUCAAUCCUUGCUACAGAUCUGACGCCAUUUUAUAGGGCAAGUUUGUUGUCUUUCUUAUGGUGUGAUAUUGUUGUCGUUGUCAUUCGCAAUGAUAGAAAUGUGGUGGCCGGAUCUCUCAUGAGCCUCUUGUAGCUUAGUGGUAGGGCAUCUGGACUAGUAACCAGAAGGUCGUAUAAAUUUCGACUUUAAUUGGGAGCACUCUUAUUUUUCUUUCGAGCCGUCUUUCUCACUGACUGAACAUUCAUCUUUCUCAUGUUUACACCAGGCUUAAAAUUCACCAUCAAAUUUCUAUCAUUGGGCAUAAGCAGAUAUCCUGUCCCUAGUAGUGUGCAGAAUGUCUGUCACAUGAACCUAGUUUAGGGGCCUUAGCUCGUUACGAUUCUCCUAUAGCUUUGUGGUACAGCUUCUGGACUAGUAACCAGAAGGUCAUAGGUUCGACUAUUAUGAGGGGUACAGUCAACUCCCUUUAUAGCGGACACUGUAUGGACCUCAAGUUAGUGUCCUCAUCAGCGAGAGUCCGUAUUAGCGGGAGUUUAUUUCAGUCAAACGUCUGUAAUUUAUUUUUUCCGGGGAUUUAGCCGCUGUCCGUUUUAUCGGGGUGUCCGCUAUAGCGGGGUGUCCGCAAGGCAAGAGUUGACUGUACUCGGAUUUUUUUCUUCAGAGCCGCCUUUGUCACUGACUGAAAAAUCAUCUUUUUGAUGUUUUGACGUUUUAGCUGGAAAGUUCCCAGAACAAGUAUCAAGAGUUUCAUAAGGAAAUGGAUGCCACAAAUGAAUGGAUGGAUGAAACGGAGAAGCUGCUUAAGUCAUUUGACAUCGGUAUGGAUCCAGAAGAGGCCUCAAAGUUGCAGGAAAAGACUGAGGUCAGCUACUACUUGUAUUUUACUUAGUGUGCAUGAACUUAUGUUCGUCUUACUUUUGUGGGAUCUCAUUAAACUGACAAAGUGAGCCUGAGUGUAAAAUCUAUUGCGCAUAACUGCUAUGACUCAAGCUAAGUAUUCGUCGUAAAACCACGGGGUAAAUAACACGCGUUACCAAGAAAUUCAUGGUGCACAUAGAAAAUCAGUCAGUGGUAGUUUUUCACGCGUUAUUCACUUGGAUAUUGAUCGCGACAUUUCGACCGCUUAUUGAUGGUCCCUCCGAGGGGAUGGCCUAGUUUUGCUACAAGGGAUUUUUGUGUAGAUCGUUGCCUAGUUACAAACCGAAAGGGGCUUAUUACGAAUGGGUAUGUAAUGGGAUUAGAGAACUUAAGAUAGAGACGUACGGGAACUUAAGAUGGAGACGUUUUCGGGGCGACGGCGACCGGACUGGCAGAGAAAGCCUGCAACUGAGGCAGCCGUCGCUUCCCGUCAAAAAUCGAACAUUAAGAUCGCAGUGAACUCAGAAGGAUGGCUCCUUUAAUUAGAAGAAUACCGAAGAGGAAAAUAUGGCUUCACAUAAAGAAUUACGAGAAUAAAUAUUUGCUAUGCAGACAACAUGUAUCGGAUGAAGAGUUUCUCGUUUUGUGGGAAAAUUAUGAGUCCAAAAUUCCCGAUUUUCCUCGGGACAGUUACGAUCCGUUCACGCUAAAAAACAUGCAGGAUGCAGCUGAGUGCAAGGCAGAAUUUCGUGUUGAAAAAAAAAAAAGAUCUCCACAGGCUUGCCGAAGCCUCGCAAAUUCCAGGAACAUUAGAAUGCUACCAAGGAACCGUAUUCUUAGUUUGGUUUUGAAAUAAUUCCCGGGAAAUACUUGCAUGCAACAACAACAACAACGGCAGCAACUUUAUUUCAGUAUUCCCACUUUAGUACAUGGUAUUACCUACUAUUCUAUAUAAUUUUCAAUGCGUUUCAUUUGUACGAUAUUCUAACGAAAAGAGCGAACUAAAAACACACAAUUAAAAUAUCGGAGUUCAUAUUUUUUGUCUGGAUACUUUUAUUUGGCUCGUAGGACAAUUUUGUCCAUGUCAAGCUCACUUACGGUUGGCUGUUUGCCAAGUUGGAUCUUGAACCUGUGACAUGAAAACAGAAACAUUGAAAGAUGUAAGUUUAGAUAACAGAGCUUGGAAAUCGAGCUUGAAAUGUACCUCAAAGAAAACAAGGAUAAUUUAAGAACGAUAAUCUGCAAAAUUUUGGUUGCUAAACGCAACAAGUCUGAUUGAAAUGAAAGUUAAAUACUCACGUUUUCGCCACAACGCCAAACCGCCCAGUUUCGCGUCGCCGACGGGACCACGACGGCAAGGUGGUGAGCAGGAACAUGCGCAAUAUCCAGCAAAUGAUGAUGUCACGUCCUGUUGAAGUUGCCGUCGCCCCGAAAACGUCUCUAUCUUAAGUUCCCUGUUUUCCGGGCGACGGCGACCGGACUGGCAGAGCAAUCCUGGAACAGAGGUAGCCGUCGCUUCCCUCCAAAAUUCGAACAUUAAGAUCGCAGUGAACUCAGGAGGACGCCGCCUUGGACUACCGAAGAGGAAAAUAUGGCUUCACAUAAAGAACUAAGAGAAUUAAUGCUUAAUUGCUUGCAUGCAACAACAACAACUUUAUUUCAGUAUAAUACUGAAAUUUCCCACGUUAGUAUGUGGUAUUACCAACUAUUCUAAACAAUUUUCAAUACAUACGUUUCAUUUAUACGAUACUCUAAAGAAAAAAUUGAGCUAAAAACACACAAUUAAAAUAUCAGAGUUCAUAUUUUUUGUCCGGAUACUUCUUCAUUUGGCUCGUAGGACAAUUUUGUACAUGUAAAGCUCACUUACGGUUUGCUGUUUGCCAUAUUGGAUCAGAUUGCAUCUUGACUCUGUGACAUGAAACAUAGAAACAUUAUAAAGAUGUAAGUUUAGAUAACAGAGCUUGGAAAUCGAGCUUGAAAUGUGACUCAAAGAAAAGAAGGACAAUUUAGGGACGAUAAUCUGCAAAAUUCUGGUUGCUAAAUGCAACAAACCUGAUUGAAAUGAGAGUUAAAUACUCACGUUCUCCCCACAACGCCAAACAGACCAGUUUCACGUCGCCGACGGGAGCACGACGGCAAUGUGGUGAGCAAGAGCAUGCGCAAUUUUGCACAAAUCAUGACGUCAUGUCCGGUUGAAGUUGCCGUCGCCCCGAAAACGUCUCCAUCUUAAGUUCCCUAUUAUCAACACAACGACGACAACGUGCCGAUGAAGCUUUACAAAACCCUCAAGUUUAAUGCUAAUGAGGCCAAUGAUGAGCGAGAUACAGCCAUUUAAAAUUUCCAAGGAAAUAUCUAUGAAUUUCUUGGUAAAUUUUCACGUUUUUGUAUGUCUUUAUCUUCAUCAAUAUUUGCCCUAUUAACACCAAACUUAGGGAAUUUGUAAAGCCUUGUGUGCUCUUUCUGGCUGUGUAAGUCUUGGGUUGAUAAUUCCAUAAUAUACAGGCUCCUACCGAGUCCUCCUUGGUUUGAAAACCUACAAUGAGAAUUCCGUCUGAAGGUGUGACUCUAACUUGCGACUGUUACUAAUUCUCCGUUCCAGAUUAAAUGUGAAGAACGUGCCAGAUACGCAUCUAAAGUUGAUCGAAUCAAUAGACUCGGUAAUGAUCUUGCUGGUGAAAUAGAUCAACCCUCGCACGAUAUCAUUCAAGAUGAACUUGAGCCCUUCAAUGCUCGAUGGAGCGAUGUCUCAGCCCAGCUGGAGAACUUCAGCGACAAAGGAUAUCCUCAACCUAAAAACGACUGCUGCUUCGUUAGACUCAUGAGAAGAAAAUUUGGAGCCUUCCAGUAAUCAUGAUAGUUUUUAGAAAAUGGAGAAUAUUCUAAUUAACAAUAAGUAAAAUAUUUCUUAGACUUCUUAAUCUCCACGCUCCUAGAGAAUAAUGCGUACACAUUAUGUAGCUUCUGUUAAUGUAAUCUAGCAAUACAGCCAUAAGUAACCUAGCUUGCCAUUUCUAUCAACACAUCAAUGGUGCCCCUCUAGAAAAAAGUUAUUUAUAUUUGUAAAGUAAUCCAUGUUGAACCAUAAGGAUGGGCUGAUAUCAACACCAGUCGUGAAUUGUCGAAAGCUAUCGAUGCAGCAAACAUUUAGAAUUGCCUUAAUGGGUCGACUAGGCCUGCAUUCCACGUUUUUGCCAGAUUCUCACGAGUCCAUCUCAGUUUCUAAACGUAUACAGUCAACGGUCUACGUUUGUAUGGCAGUCCAUACGAGAGCAAUAACAUUCGUUUGUAAAUUGUUCUACUGCUAACGCGGUCUGCAAUAAGAUCAUUUUACGGUCGUUAACGCCUUUAUAGAAGCCGUAAAUUCGUGCGUAAACUUCAAAGCCUUGUACGAACUAAGCUCUUAAUAUUUUGUGGCAAUAAAAACGCGAUUUGAACCAUAAACGCGUUAUCAGCCCCCAUGUAUCAGCCAUCCUCUAUGAAGCAACACACUGUCUGUAUUACAAUGUACUAGGUAAAAUUACGCAAGCACUGUCAUGCAUCCUCGUUGGCGCAACGUCUUGUUGAUGAAUACAAGUUACUAUCCGUGACAAUCAUUAUGAUAAUAAUCGAGAUUUUGUGCGUGCUUAGCCUUCCCCUCCCCCAGGACAUUUUACCCGCUAUUGUAUAGGUAUGGAGAAAAGGGACCGUUUUUUAAUUCAUAUUUAACGUUUAUAACGUAUUUAAAGUUGAAAAACUGUAUUUUUUAUCAGUUUUAAUGUUAUUGUUAAAUUAGCUUUUUUAGUCAGGUACAUUUUCUAAACUUGUACUGAUUUCGCAAAUCACUAUUUUAACUUUAGAAAGCCGUAAUAAAGAAUAGUAAUUUUCAAUAUUGAUGAAGCUGUCUUUAUGUCUGGGUUCUCUAUAAUUAAACUCCUCUCCAGUUGGACGUCAAAUUGAGGAAACUUUUUUGUGAUUCUGUCAAUCAGUUUGAAACACUGUUCACCUCAAGAAUUAGCUCCAACGAGUUAGGUGGGGAGGGGGGAUUAGGUAAGGACUAAACGCUAAAGAUUAUGGAAAACAUGCGCGGCCUUUGUAAUAUAUAGAUUUAGCCAGGGCUAAACACGAAGUUCCCGACAAUAUUUAUAGUUUGCUCAAACAAAAUGUAAAAUCGUGUAAUGCGAAGCGGCGAAGGCAACGAAAACGGUGAAAAAACAAAAAUAGGUCUAAUUAGCAAAAAAGCAACUUUGCUCGUGCAGCACACUUUCUUUGUACAUUUCUUUGCCGUUGUUUUGCACGACUACAACGUGAAACUUCCAGAAGCUUCCUGGUUACACGUUUUUUGGAGGAAAUGUCGUACGUUUUCUUGUUCACUUUUUUUCCACUGUCGCUCAUUUUCACCCAGGUAGCCGCUAGCAUUUCUCAUUUUCUCACCGCCGCUACAAAAUUUCAUGUUGUUCCUCCCACAAAAAAUGUCUCCAUUGUUUUUUCUAUCUCGCUCUAGCUCUUUUUCUCGUUGAGCUUCGCUGGCCUGUCGCCUUGCUUUCUCUUUUUCUCUGUCUUUCUCUUUCUCUAUUUUCCAAAUUUGUGGAUAUGACAAUUAAUCUAAACUUAAUACUUUAGACAACAGGAUACAGAAACAAUUUCCGCUUUCCGUUUUCGUCUUUGUUGACUCUUUAGUUGUCUCUGCUUCACAAAACGCGGGCGGCCAUACGCUUUCCCGACAAAAUAAACUGACAUUUGGCACAGGCUUACAUGAAGUGGGUGGGUAAGGUCGGCGUACGAACGCUACGUCAUAACCAAAUUUUCUUCCUUUCAGAGGUUACCACUUUAUCUUAGCAAUGGGGCUCCGCCACGCGCGCUUCGCGCGGGAGUUCCGCUAUGAGGUUGCCAAAAGGUAGUAAAAAGCGGGGACCCCCUUAAUCCGCUCUUUUUUUGCGUAAGGAUCUCAUGAACUUGCGCAGGUUUACAUUAACCCCCAUGACUUUAUGACCUUUUGUCUGUAUCUCAAGAAUAAAAUGUUAAUUUUAGAUGGUUUAACCGGUUUGACAGCUUUUUAGGUCAGUGAAUGGCUUGGUUUUGAUUGAUUGACAAAAACUUAGAAACGCAUUCGCUGGUUGAUUCAUUUUAAGGAAAGAAUAAGCGCCAACUUACGUAUCACCUAAAAUCACUGAACCACAACGGCAUUAUGCCAAUUCCAUUUAUUGGUCGUUUUUUACCCAAGAGGUGUAAAACUCGGCUCGUAAAAACAGAGCACAUCAAAGUAGAAGUCCUUAUUGACCUUCUUUACCGCGCCAUGUUAUUUUGCUUCUUACCUCGAUUUCACUAAUAAAAACUGACUUUACCAAGUCGCCUUUGAAAGAGUUGGGCAUAACAAAUAAAUAAAUAGAUAUCGUUUAUUCCACUCUCUUGCAGAUAACUCAAUUAACAAGCGGUUAUGACUAACAAUAAUGCUACAUUAAAGCUAUGUAUUAAUUAUACUACACUUAAAAAAUACUUAAAAUGAUAAUCACGACGGAUACUUAAACGACGAAUAUUUAAAAGUAAAAAAGUUCUCUGAUCUCUUAGUUCUCGUGAUUUUAUUAAAUGGUCGAAAAGAACCAGGUCUAAGGUCAGCAUAAGGAUUAGUUCUUUGUACAGCAGUGGACACCAAGCACGAUAAUGGGUGGUCACAGGUGUCUGUCAUCUCAGCCAUAAAUUUAUGACAUAGGAGCUCGUGUCUGCAGGAAAGUGUAGUUUCUUUGGCUAGCGGCAUUCCUUGGCUGUACGAACUUUUAGGAUAUAUGAUUUUGAGUGCCCUUUUUUGCACGGACUCUAUUCUAUCUGACAGAUAGUCAGGGAUAUCUUGCCACACCUGCACCAGCAUAUUCUAAAAUCGGUCCAACACUACUUCUAAAUACUUUCAACAUGUCUUGUUCUUGCAAGCCAUCUCGCUUUAAUAGUCUGAGAGCGUAAAGUUUCUUUGAUGCCUUAGCGGUAAUGUAGUCAACAGGGCAGUUCCAUUUCAAGUUCUCAUUAAUGAUUACUCCAAGUAAUUGCUAUGAUGAAAUCCUUCAUACUAUUUGGUUUCCUAUAUACAGGGGUCUCGCAUACUGUGUUCUGUGCAACAAUUAUGUAUAUCUCUAACAGCAAAAUCCAACAGGCUACUUGAGUUACGUGGUAUUACCUCAAAAACGGUCAUGUCAUCAACAUACUUCAAUCUUGAGUGCCAAUCACCAAGUAGUCCAUUAAUCAUUAUAGCAAACAGGGUAGUUCCGAGUUUAGUUCCCUGUGGGACACCACCAUAGGUGUGGCGCCAUGGAGACAGGGAACUACCGACUCGCACCGCCUGGGUUCGGUCGGUAAGAAGGGCUCUUAUCCAGACAAACAGAGUCUGAUAGACAUUCAAGAAACAUAGUUCUUGAAGGAUAAUGUUGUGAGCGAUUACAUCAAACCCUUUUGAGAAGCUGGCAAAAAAUAUGCGAGUAUAGCAGUUUCCUAUGUCAACUGCCUCGUGUAUUGCUUGGAGUGAAUAAAUCAGUGCUUGUAGUUGAGUGUCCUUUCGGAGCAUAUUGUCUUGGGUCGACGUCGCAUUUCACCUGUUUGAGUAACCUUCUAGGGGUGAAACCUUUCAAGACUUUAGCUAAGCAGCUGGUUAACGCUGUAGGUCUGAGGUCUGACUUGAUAUCUUGAGGGGGAGAGAUCUUUGGAACUGGUGUAAUAAUUGACCUUUUCAAGGAGUCAGGUAGGAACCCUUCCUGCAAAUGAUUGUUUAUAGAUAUCCUUUAUAAUAGGGGAAAACUCAAGGGCGAAUUCUUUGAGUAGCUUGUGAGGAAUGCCGUCUGGUCUUAUUGUUUUAUUUGUGGCCAACUUAGAUAGAUCAGACAAAAUCUCUUUCUCCGGUAGGAGAUUCAACUGGAAGUAAGGGGUCAAAGUGCUCCGUUAUGCUAACAAAAAAGGUCAUUGAUGUUGGAUGAUAGGUCAGCGGUGUCUGAAAUGUCUUCGUUAAGGAAUUGAUGUACCAUGCUGGUUUGCUGGGUGCGUCCUGACCAGUUAGCGACUUGAUUUAUUGCCACCAUUUUUAAGUGUUGCUUUGAGCAAAGUCGUUGAUUUUACCGUUGUAAUAAAGGGAUUUUGCAAGUUUGAUAUCACGUUGGACCUUGCUCCUCCAAAAUUUGUAGACAAGAGAUUCCUUCCCGUGCCUAAUAAACGCAGACUGACGUUUCCAGAUUAAUAGCUUGAUGUUACUCGUAAUCCACGGCUUGUACUUAAAUAUGCGUUUCUUAACAUAUUUCCAAGGAAAAUAAGUGCCCAUGGUGGAGUUAAGUUCUUGUCAUAAGAUCUCGAUUUUUUGUGCACAGGACGGAGCACAGAAAAUCUCCGACCAGUCUUUCCCUGUCAUCCAGCUGCCAAAGUCUCUCCAGUUACUAGCUCAGCACUGCCUAAUUCUGAUCCUACGGGAUAGAAUCCUGUUUGGGCGGAGAUGUUACCGUUGGGCGAGCUGAGUAUGAUCUAUAUCUGAAUGAUUAUUCAGAUCGGCCUCUGCGAUAACACCCUCCGAGAUCUGGAUUUCAAUUUAAAAAAAAAAUUAAAUAAUCUAAAAAAAUCCAUACUUCGAAAGGAUUCAUUAGAUUAAAUCCAAAUCGGAAUUCAUGGCAAGUGGUUUUUCUGCGAAACCGAUAUAAGGCCAAUGAACCAUACUCUCACCGCUUCCUGUGAGAAUUAGCCCAGUUGUUAACUAAGAUUCCACCAAUGAAACACACCCUUCGAUAAUAGGCAGGAUGCUUUUGCAAAUUAUGUAUAUUUCAUCAAUGAUGCUUCCUAAUUUGAAUCAGGUGAUUAACACGAGACUGUCUGCAGGUUAAACUCAGCGGCCGCGCCUUAGGGUUAUUUCGCUCGGCAUCAUCUGCGCUACAAAAUACCAAGCACACUUUUUCUGGCAAAUAGCUCUUUGCAAGAGUGAGGAUGUAUUCACUGUUUCUUUUCGGUGAGUUACAACAUGUUUAUUCAUGCUUUCUUUGAAAAUUUCUGGCGUCUGUUACCUAAAAUUUGAACUUUUUCACUUUGAGAGUUUUAGGGCACAGCGCCAACGAGAUGUUUUUAUAGUUCCUCCUUGCUCUUCCGCCCUUCGCAGAGUUUCAAUAUGAGCAGCUGUACGCUUUGGCGAAGAGAAUGUUUCCAGGAAAUUGCAAAUUUUGAAAGAUUAUCUUCCAUCUCGAAACCUGAUGUGGAUAGUCAUUCUAAUUCCACUUCAGUUUAGUGCGAUUUGCUUUACAUGCAUCCCUUAAGUGAAAUAAUUCAAUUGUGAUAGAACAAAUAUUCUAUUGUUGUUUUAGUAUGUUUGUUUUGCUAAACCAGGUGCUAGUCUGCGACGUCUCAUCCACUCAAUAUUUCCAAGUCAGGUUCUUUAGAACAAAGACAGCAUUUUCUAGCCAGGCUUCAUUUAACUCUUCAUCCCAGAGUAUACCGAGGUUAUCCCUCUGAAUUCGAUGGGAUAGCAUUUCUGUUUGAGUUUCUGGGUCCUUACUGACCUUUGACUCAUGAACGCUGAGGGAUUUCUUAGAAUUCUGUUACUAGUUUGGAUGCACAACAAGUAAUUUAAAAAAAAUUAAGAGUAGGAAAUGAUAAGAAAAAAUAUCAGUUGGUUAAACUAGAGGAAACUAAAAUGUUUGACUGUUUUUCAAAUGAGCCAGUACAGAACAGCUCGAAAUAAAUUUUCGCUUUCGAUAUCGCAUUGACCUCUGUCUUUCUUGGAAUCCAUAAUUUCAUGCGUCAUUCUACUUAGGCCAAAAACUGAUCCAGCAGUCAUGGAUGUUUUCUGAAAACAGUUUUCAGUUACUGUAUUUUACCUUUGGAAAUUUACAGUGAAGUAAGUAUCCAAGAUUAGUAUAUACACACUCAGUGAUCUUGGUAAUUCAAGCAAUCUUAUUGGUUAGCUAUCUCGGACUACCGGACUAUGACGUUAUAUUCACCGCGCUAGGCGGUGAAUAUAAAGCAGAACAAAUUCGCUGUCGUGAACGGGCGUCUGGAAAAGCGGGAAUCCGGAAUCCGGAAUAGGAACGGGAAUAGGAACAGGAACAGGAACCGGAACCGGAAUAGGAACCGGAAUGGGAAAAGAAACCUAUAUAAAAGCAGGGACAACAUUUACCUUAAUUUAAGCUAAUCUGGAUUUAAUUCCUGUUCAGAUUAUAUACGAAAAAUAAGGGAAAAAUAGAAUAGGAACCGGAAUAGGAACGGAAAUAUAAACAGUGUAUAGAAUAUGAAAAGAAAAAGAUAUAAUCGUGAUAUAAAUAAAAAGCCAGAUAAAUAAUUAAAGAAACAAGAAAACACCCUUGAAAUGUUAAUCUAAUUAACCUUUCUUUAUCUUUAGCCUAUGACACAUUGUGUUUUCGUGUCAAACAUAAUAGCGAACUUAAGCAACGAGAACGCUGACCGUCGCUUGAUGGAACGCUUCUGUCUCACACAACGAAUCUGAAUUCUUCCUCUUACCUUCCACUGGGCGAAUUUGUUGAGUCAGAGCACCUAAAGACAGAAAACAUCCACUUCCAGUUUCCAUUUUUAAUGUCCUGGACGUCAACGUUCUGCUUGCUUAUUAAGGUCCCUAUUGCACGCGGUUGAGGUAGAUGAAGUACUGGCCGCUGAGAUGGGUUUUUGGGGGGGGGGGAGGGGGAGGAAGUACAUGUUAAUACCCUUUUUAAGCUGUGGACUAUCUAUCUCUGGUUAACUUCCCAAUUUAGCACCGUACAAUAUAUCUAUGGAGCAAACCUGAGGUGUAUGGCAGCCCAAUAAACGUCUCCGAUGGGUGUCUCGUAUACACAUGGUCUGACAAAUAAUAUUAACAUGUGAUAACCACCUUCCUGUGAGAGACAAAAGGAACCUUAAGAUCUGACGACGGCAACGCCAGCGAAAACGCCACUGAGAAACUGAAUUCGGGUCUUAAUUCAAACUAUUUCUCAUUAAUUCCAAAUUGCCCAGUCUUUUAAAGGUUGGGAAAUGAAGCUGGAGACCGCGUCCGAGCUCAGAAAGACACAAUAAAAUUUAUUGCCUGCCGUUCACGUUCUUAAGAGAACUUAAGAUUUGAUCAUUUACAUCAUAGUUGUGCAUACGCGGUGAAGAAUUUGACAGAAAGCGCGAUACGAUGCACUCGCAAAGCUGUUGCUUUACUUAUUUAACUUGCGGCUUUUUCUACCUCCUCGCUGCCGUAUUAUAAAGAGAUUCGGGGGGGAGCAUGAUACCAGAGUAGUGUUCUUAUUUUUUGUAUAAAUUGAAUUCGAAUUAAAAUAAUUUAAAGUAAAUGAUAUCCGUGUUCUUGUAUCGGUUCCCCUUCACAUUGCUGUUUCUGUUCCGUUGCUGUUUCCGGUUCCGGUUCCGGUUCCUGUUCCCAUUCCCGUUCCUAUUCCGGAUUCCGGUUUCCGGUUUUUCCAGACGCCCGUCGUGAACUGGGUGUGUUGCCAAAGUUUCAUAGCAAAGCCUAUUUGAAAAUACACAAAUAUCCAAGUGCUGAUGACUUUGAAGGCAAGAAAAGACUUCAUGGUGUUUAAACAGCGUGAUUUAUUGUGAAGUGGUUUCCUGUAGCUGACUUUUUGUACGCUCGAAGCUAUGUUUACCACUGCAGAGGAAAACGAGGUCGCUUUGUCACUGUUUUGUGAUUUCGGGAUUUUCUCGCAAGACCAAUUUUGCCUAUAAAUAGAAGUUAAUUUAUGGAGAAAAGAGGAAGGCAAAUAUUUUCGAAAAUUGUACGUGCCAGCAAGUUAACAAGGCAACGAACAUUGGAGAUAAACAACGCACACCUUGAUCGUAGCCGCUGUUGACAGCAUUUGCAAGAAGCGACAAAGAAAACUUUCUCAUUCACGGUGAGUUGCCGCAGAAACAAAUAAAGCUCUACUUUUCUUCUCAGAAUUGGGUAGUAAUUUAAAUUUUCGGCGUUUUGUUUUAAACCGUUGAUGCUAAAGCUUACAAAACUCGAUACAAAAGGAUUAAAACUAUCACUGAACUAUCAUUUGCCAUGUUUGAAGAUACUGUGAAGAUCUAACUUUUGCGCAUCCACUGUUUACAGCUUCGUGUUCACGCAUGAAUUCACCCGUCAAUCAAACUAAUCGUUUUUUAAUGGUUUCCUUUCUGAUUCUGUUGAGAUCACUUCGUGUGAAUAUACUAAAACAAUAAUUCACCUCGGGCUUACAGUAAUAUUGUCUCGUCUAGGGGAUUAUUCAACAAUAUUAACUUCGCCUUCGGCGAAUAAUUGUUAAAUAUACUGAGAAUCAUGAAGCAAGAAAUAUAGCGGUCAACCGGAAUCAGUCUGGCGUUUUUCUUUCCUCAUUCGAUGCAAUAAACUUAUUGUGGCUUCGCAGCGGGCUAAUUCUGGUCGCGUACGUGACCAGCCUGGGUUGCCUGUGCCCGAAAUCAGCCAUAUCAUUGUUCGCAGUCAAUCGAUUUUGAAAGAAAACCAAAACAACAGUCGAUCAUUCGAUACAGUGGAAUGUACAAAACGUAAAGCACGGGAGAAAUCCUAUUUCGUAUAGAAAGCCACGUUUUGGCAAGCGAAGAGUAUGAAGGCAAGUGAAGGUAAAAAAUUUCGGUGAAUUGAAGCGAUACGUUUCUCAGAAUAUUUCAAGCCAUUCCUGGAACUCAACGAUAAAUAAAGUCGGUGUUUUAGCUAAAUUUGUAUUCAGCCAGGCUCUGUUAUUUUUAUUUAAUUGAUAAAUUGCUUUAGUUAUUAAGAGCGUUUCUGGAAAGUGUGACAAGGUUUGUUCUCCCUUGAUAGUAAAACGUUUUAUACCCCUUUAUACACGAGGGAAGCAAAGAUUGAGAAUAAUUUGAUACGCUCUCGAAGCGUUAUGAACCAGUUGAACUAAAUAGGAAAUUCACUCUUUUACUCACGCCAUCGCUCGCGUGCCCUUAACCUUAUCGUGGGCAGGUUUCAGACAAAUAAUGUUCCGACUUUUUUAUUCCCACGGACUUUUUCCAAUGUAGCUUGAUACAAACACUUAUUUUGGUUCAAAGUUCAGUUUUUAUCGAUCGUGUCGUAUUGCGCUACAUGCACAGUAUGUAAACAAUCGAAAUAAACUGCAACUGAUUCAAAUUAUCUGAAAUGCCAUGCUUUACUCGCAGCACUUCACUUUCCAUUGGAAACUGCUAGUUUCAUCGAAGAUUUUCUAAAACUCCUCUCCUGGUUGCGAAAGCUGUAUAACUUUGGUCAACACUUUUUUGCCGUGUUGACACCUUUCAUUUCCCCCGGGUUUCCAAACGGGUCAGGCCUUUUUCGUUUUUGUCUGGCGUUUUUUUUCUCAUUCGAUGCAAUGAACUGUAAUUGGAGGCCUAAUCCUUCCUGCUUGUGAAUGCUGUAUAACUUUAUAACAUGUUUUGCCCGUGUUUACGCCUUUAACUUUCCCGUUCCAAGUGGAUCAGGACCACGGUGAUAAUUUGAGUCAUACUGAAUUCGGGAGCGAUGAAACUUCGUUAUUUCAGUUAAUCGUGCGGUUGUAGAAGUUUUUAAGAAAUUCCUCACAAGCUUGAUUUUGUUUUCUCGAGGAAAGAUUAGUAAAACUAAAAAAAAAAACAAAUACAUUUGUAAUUUCUUGAAGCUGAAUAAUGGUUCAGCUUGGGAGAUAACUUGACAAAUGCUCUCAGUAUUACGUUAAAAUUCCCGGGAUGGGGGAUUGAUACAGCUAUUGAUAUUUUGUAAGUGUUCCUGAAAAAGAUGAUAAAAUAAUAAUAACAUUACCUAGAAAAUAUCUGUAGACCAAAAUAUUUUGUCUGGAACGAAGGAAGUUUUCACUCCGUUUUCAAGGGCGUAAAAGGCCUAAAAAAUUUAAUUCCUUUAGCUCUGAAAUUCAGAAUGCCUCUAGUAUUGCUUUGUUUAAUUCUAAACUUAAGUCAUUUUCUUGGUAUAAGCACAGGCAGUUAAAUUCUCUUAAUGCUUGUGUGAAGUUUUUGGCUUUUUUCGCUUUUUUUCUCGUUUAUUCUUGCAUUAGUUUUUUCUCACCUUUUGGUUUUCGUUUUUGCACGUACACGUUCAGCCUUUUCUCUUUUUAUGUCCUGUUUAAUUAUUAUUUUCUAUGUUCUACAGAAAUUGUGCGUGGUGAGAGCCAAUUGUCUUGCCGAUGUCAGUAUUUUAUUUAUUAAUUAGAUAACAUGAUUUGAAAGGUAGUCUUAUUCACCAGCCUUAUUGGCUUCCUUGGGCUCCCUUUCAUCAUGCAUGCAUCUAUUUUUAAAAAAAUUAUAUGCAUAUUUUAUUUGCAUGGCAAAAAUGCUAAUAAAACAAUAAAAACAAUAAAAUGUCACACCCUGCAAACUGUUCUGUGCUGGAUACAUACAGCCAUUUGAACAACUUUGAAAGUACAACCGAUUCAUUCCACCAUUUAAAAUAAGCAACAUAUUUAGUCCUAAAGAUUCUGUUUCGGAUUCUCUCAAAUCACGAGUUCGUACAAGUUUAUUUGCGCUGGCUGUGGAGCUCGUUAUAUUGGUGAAACCAAUAGGCAAUUUUAUUAAUGAGUACCUUUUUCGGGACUGGAAUUCUCAAUUAUCAUUCAAGCAUCUCAACAGUUCUAAGAAUUGUAAAGAUAAAUGUGGAGUCUCUUGCUUUGAAAUCAGUCUUGGUACUGCUAGUUCUUAUUAUCAACUUAACCCUUUAAACCCUAAGAUCAAAAUUUAAAUUCUCAUUUGUUUCCCCUAUUCAUUUCCUACAGAAGUAGUGGGAAGAAGUUGAUAAAAUAUCAAUAAAAUUCAUCUUGUGUGAUCUUGUCCAUAAUUCUCAUGACCACUCUGUUUUGACAAGGCAUUGAUAUUACAAGGAGAAAUUUGAUGCUGAUCGCUCUUACGGCUUGAAGGGUUAAGGCUCAAGGACAGCUUUCAAAUUGAACAUCUGAAACCUGAACUUGACGAGCAAAUUGAGCAUGUUAGUUUGACAUUACUGUUUUCCUUUGUAGUUCGUUUAGUUUUCUUUCAUAUUAUUCGCUGAUUCUACUACAUUUAGCAUUACAUUUUAAAUUCAGGUUUUACCUACAGUUCGUUUAGUUUUCUUCCAUAUAAUUGUCUAGCUUUAACAUGUUUAACGAAUUUUGAAUUUACAAGCCAUUAUUGUUUGGAUAGUUAUACAAGUAUACCGAUUUAAUUGUACGCUACUAGUAUUAUACCUUGCAUGACUGAAGAUGAUGUUUGAAACAUCGAAACAUCAUUCCACAAACUUAAAAGUGUCCUUGUGUUUUUAAAAAUUACAACCAAUGUACAUGUAAAGCAAACUUAAGUAGUGCCCUUCACAAAUUAAUGCAUCAAUAUGUUUUAGGUGCAGUUUUGGUAACCACAAGCCAAGGGUUCUCUUUCGAAAUGAAAGAGUUGGAGAAGAGUUUCUCCAGACAAGCAGAACCAAUUCCAGUAGAGGUCCAGUUCAUAAGCCCGGCGGAUGAAAUCAAGCCAGGAGAUACGUCAAUACAGUAUCUAGCUGCUCUUUGCGGGGGAACUUACUUUGAGGGUCUCAUGGCCCAUUUUGCAAUCAAUCUGGCAAACAAUCCGUGGAGCAUUCAAAACGGAGACUACAUUACUGUUGUUGCUAAAGAUUCAGCUGGAAAUACUUUGGCUUCAAAUGUAAAUGUAACCACGAAGCAACCCCAGCCGGACUUCAAUUUCACCUAUCACGCAAAGUAAGUACUAGUCAAUUCCAAAGCAAUCCAAAACUCCUUUGGGACUUUUUCCUAGCAUUAACCGAGGACGGUUUCUUUAAUCCCUUUCCCUUCUCAAAUGCCGUAACACACAGUGUACAUGUUUGUAAGGAGUUUUUGCAGCGCUUAUAAACAGGAAUGCUUAAUAUAUUUGAGGGGGACUGAAAAAACGAGUUUACAAAGCAGGUAAAGAAAAUUAUCUAUGUUUUUGUAGUGAAAUUUCAUUUUCCUGCUCUAGCUAGUUAACGGGCAUUCACGCGACCACUCGCUGCCUCCCCUUCCCCCCUCCCCUCCAUAAAGUAAGGGACGUCACGUGUCAUAAAGCAUCAACAUCAUCAUCAACACAUUUAUUUCACAACGCUCAGCACAAACAACAAAAGCUGACUUCCAGGUAUGGCGUAUGCAAACAAGCAUUACAAACAAAAUGAGAAGCAGCAUGGUGUUCACAAAAGUUACAAAAUUUCAGAGAAAAAUUAAUUAGGUAAAAAUGUAUACAAUAUAACUAGUUUUGCAAUAUAGUUAUGUUGGUGGGAGUUUUAAAGAGUAAUUAGUAUAAGUUUUAAAUAUACACAAAUGCAAAUUAAUGAAUCAGACCGAUAUUCCAGCCAAAGAAAAAGAGGCAAGUUUGCUUUUAAAUUUGGAAAGCGAUUGUACUGUUUUUGCCACAUAAGAAAUAUUAUUCCAGAGUAUUGCACCAUUAUAGUUGAAAAUAUGUUUGAGGAAAUUAGUGUUUGGCCUUGGAAGUGCUAGAUCAGUUUGAUGCAAGGUUCCUCAGGUUAUAGUUGAUGUUCAGUAGUAUCGUUGAGUCUUGUAAAGAAAGCUCUCAAAUGGGGGGUGAGGGGACAGAUUGAUCCUGGAGGAUUUUGUACAUUGGGGCAUGUGUGAGCGCCUGGUCACGCCGGUAGGGUGAGGGGGGCGGUGUUGGUGCGGCUUUAAGAAUCGUAUUUUUUAAAAAAUCUGUUUUUAACGACCCAUCCCCUAGUUAUUCAGAUCUAGCAGUCCAGGCCAUUCCAGACGUAGUGAGAAUUGUCACUUUUAAUUGACACUUUUCAGACAGAUAGGUUUAUUUCGAAAUAGUAUGCACGAAAGUAUUGGGUUUCCUGGAAAACUUUAGAAAAAAUGUCAAUGUUAUUUUUAAAAUGAGCGGUCCAACUGGCCGUUUUUGACUUUCAGUUGACGCCCUAAGACUGAGAAAAUCAUCUCUAGGCAAGAAUUAAUGGGAGCGACACUUGUACAAAAUAUGUUUGGGAGUGGUUGCGGAAUUGCAGACUAACAAUGGCCAGACUUUGCUGACGAUGGAGGAGCAGAAAGAAAAACACAAAAGGAUAAAUCGUUUAACAAAGGAAUCAUCUAUAUUUAAAAAGAGAAAGAUGAAGGAAAACAAAGCUAAAUUCACGAAGCGCUACCAGGAAAGGGCAGAGAAAAACUGCGAGAGAGUGUUCUCCCCGUGUUCUCGAUCAUAAUCUUAUGGUGAUAUUAUUGAUGCAGAUCAUUGGCGUUUAGUUAAUAGCUACAACCAGUUGCAAAAAUACUUGAGACACUGUACCUUAUUUGACUUAAAUGGCCCUUAUGCAUGAUUACGUCAGACGAGCAAAUUUCACCACCAAGCCUCGUCUGCAAGGAAAAUUCUUUGCAUUUGCACUCUUUUUGCGUGGAUAUUCUUUUCAAAUUUACUGCCUUGGGACAUUCUUUUAUGCAAAACUUCGCAACUUUACAAUUCAAAACGAGGCUUGGUGGAGAAAUUUGCUCAUUUGACGUAAACAUGCAUAAGGGCUAUUGCGUGCCCGUGAUCUUGUGCUUGCGAUCAAUCUUUCCCUGUCCGGCGACGUUGCUAGCAAUACACGACCAUCCUCAAAACUGAGUGGAGAACUUUGAAAGGAGAGGAUGGGGAAGGUGCGUAUUGUAUCCCACAGACGUGUGACUAGCAGCGAUUUGAAGUAAGAAAGGCUGGUUUUUCUCACGGGGCGGGGUGUCUCAACAUUUUUGGUACUGGUUGUAGCUUGAAAAAAGGGAUGGUCGAUAUAAAAAAGUAAAAGUAAAUUCACGCAGUGGAUGUCGAUAUCGCGCGGCAACAAGACGGUAAAUGCUGAGCAUCGGUCCAAAAAAGUAUAUUAAGGUGUAUAGAAACGUCUUGAACUUUAAUAGGUAGUUAGACAGCAAUGAAAUGUUGCUUGAUAACGUUUUUUCACGCUGCUCAUUGUUCAUUUGCCUUAUCUCUUACAAGAACUAUCCUUUAAUCCUAACAUCACUCCAUGUACAGCUCUAAGCCUUGCUAGUUGUGAGUUUUAAUCUCUUUUCUAUAAAUUCGGGAAACUACUAGAAAAAAGCCGAGUUUUUGAAAAGUUCACAGCUUGGGCAUGUUGAUGUCGGAAAUCUUGAAAAAGUUUCAUUCACACUGAUUCACGAGAACACCUUUAGCUUAGGAGCUCUUCUGAAGGCGACGUAUGCAUACGAGACGAAAUUUUGCGUUCUAAUAAAUUUACGAUUAGCUCAGGCCAAGUGUAUAUAGAACAAAACGCUGUGGGAGAGUACAUUUGGGCGUCGAUGUACUAGGCGUGUGUGAAGUUAAUUUUGUGUGUCUUAACUUAGGGAUGUGUGAGUAGUGCAGUAGCGUUGUAUAUUUUAGGGGUUGGUUGAGAUGCGUGAAGUGGAAGGCGUGGAGUUAUAUUGGACGUGAAUUGGUAAAGCAACAGCUGUAGUUUGUUAAUCAGUGAAACUUGUUUGUCGUGGAAAUUAAUAUGGAGUAACAAAAAGUAAUAUUUUGGGAGGUAAAAGUGCAGUCAGGUAGUUGUGGAAGAGCUAAUUUGUUUAUGAAUGGAUAUUGUAGUUACAGUGUGUUGAAAUGAAGUGGUGGUUGUGAACAGUCUUAUCAAUAGUCGAAAACAUACUUGUACUUACAUUCGAACCCCGCCUGACGGCCACCUCGGUAAUACGGUCACCUCGUUAUUAAGGCAAAUUUUUUUUGGCCGUCUGGCAAAACGGCCAUACAUUUUCUUGAAAAAAAAAACAAACCUCGUUCGUACGGUCACCUGUUAAUACGGCCAAAUAUUUUUGGCCCAUUGAUGACCGUAUUAACGGGGUUCCGCACUCUGUUUUAAACGUUGUUAGGCUUCCUGUUUUGGAUUGUUUUUCGGUUAUUUUUGAUAAUAAUAUUUUCAUGGAGAGAACAUGGAUAGGGCCAACAGUUCAUUUAAUGUAGAGAAGGGAGUAUGAAGGUGUUGAGGUGGGGGUGGGGGUUGGGGAAGCGGAAAUUUGGUGCAUGUGCUCGGGGGCUUUGAAAAAUCGUUGAGGUCAAGGAGAGGGCGUAAAAACUGGUUAUAGAACUAAGGGCCUGAUUACAUGAGCUGGGCUGGCUCGCUUUGCAGAGAUCCCGGCAUUAUAUGACAACCGAGCCAGCCUGGUUAGCUGGGAUCCCAGUACUGUGACGCCGGGAUCCCGGGUGGAAAUUUUCCAAGUAAUCACGCUUGCCGGGCGGCCCGGCGAAUGAACCAAGCGAGAUGUAGGAUAGCGGGUGACACGCUGUUCAUGCCCAUUGCUUCCCCGGCUCAUGUGAUCAGGCCCUUACUGUGAGUUGUAUUGUCACACACUUUGCACGUGAAAGCUUUGGAAUUUGCCGCUUUCGUGGUUCGUGCACGAGAGAAUACGACCUAAUCUAAUUAACCCAAGGGUUUUAAAAAUAGAACGCGGUUUGCACGUAAAGAUGUUGGACUCUUCUCCUUUUACGUGAAGGAAUGUAACAUGUUGACGAGAUUAUUUGCUCAAAGAGAUUUUAAGAAAUCACUUCCUUUCCGAAAAUAUGCAAUGAAAUUAUGCAUCGUUACCCUUAAUUAUUUCAUGCACGAGAUCAUGGAAUUUUGCGUGACAUCUUCUUUGGCGCGCGACAACUGAGAGCAAAAAUGUUGGCAAACUCUUGGCAAUAAGCCAAACCAUUCACACCUGUGUGUUGCGAGGACGAUUAUUUUUCAAAGGGAAAAUCAAAAAUAUUUAAUAGUUUUUCACUCAGUCACGACAGGGUACCUUGUUUUUCCAAAAAGUUUGUUUUCUAUUGCUGACUUGUUUGCCGUGCGUUAUCUGUGGGUCGUAUGUAACGAAGAUAAAUGCUGUGUUGUGACACAGCGCGCGACAUUCGCGUCGCUUGGCUUGCUUACUUGGCUUGUUUACUUUCGCACGUAUUGCGUGCCUAUUGCAAAUUUGAAUCAAAACAAGCGAACUGGAUUACUCUAUUUGGGCGACGCACGAAUAAUAUUGUCUGAGCUCUGAGGCUGCGAAACCCAGGGGCCAUGUUUUUCACUUAAGAUGGACUAGUGGAGUCGAAAUUUUAAAUAGGCGACUGGGCUCGUAUGUGCUAUGGGUUCUAUUCUGUUCUACGGUGAUCAAUGACCUGCUUGAUGGUGUUAUUGCGUUUUGAUAAUAGUCUUAGUGCCAACUGGUAAAAUGUUGCAUGUUCUUUUAUAGAUACAAAGAUUUGCUGUUUGAGGUCACGACUGGACCCGCCCCCUCCUUCGUUUUCACACUUUCGUUGUCCUUUGACUUCAAUGUAUCAACUAAGGACUAUGCUAUGCCUAGUGAACCACGCUAGCAGAUGACUCCUAUGGAGUAUGCUACGUUUUUAAAUUCCAGCAAAGGAGACGAUUCAGGUAAAUGUUUCGUGCAAUUCACCUCCCUUCCCUCUCCGCCGCACCCGCCUCUUCUGUAUCAUCAUCGUCGUCGUUGUCAUUGUCAUUGUCAAUCAAACAAUCUGACAGGCGAAUUUCUAGUUAUUUUGUAUCCUUAGAUGUUUUCUAAAAUCAAUCAAAAGAAAUAACAAGUUUAAAAAUAACACUUUUCUUAAUUUUUUUAUUCCAAAACAUAAAAGAACAAACUGAACCAAUUGUUAUGUCUAACCAAGUGUUUUGGCGGUCAAUGCUCCUCUUAUCUCACGUAUUUUUUUAAACACUAAUCAGGGGUGCCUAGUUCAGCGAGGUUGGUUUAUAUGGGCCUGAUGAAAAAGAAAAAACAACACACAAGACAAAUAAAGAUGAAAAAUGGUACAACUAAGUAUAACAAAAGUAACGGAGGCUCAAUUAGGCUUGGAUCUAAAGUGCCUUUUUAGGCCAAACGAAAACUUAUUAAUAUCAUGCUCGCUCCUCAGGUCCAGAGGAAGCGUAAUCCAGAUCUUGGCUCCGCUGAACCUUAAGGAGCCCUGGUACUUAGUUGUCCUAGCUAGCGGCAGACGGAGCAAAUCUCAUAUGGCGCGUGUUAUAUGAAUGGAAAUCGGGCGAGUGGCUAAAUUCAUCAAUUAAAUAUGCUGAAGCCAGGCCAUGAAGGCUCUUAAACACUAGCAUGCACUUUAGAUAGUCCAAGCCAACCGAAUGUGCGAGAUAUCUGCGAAACUGUAUAGCCUUUAAUAAUACUGGAGUCACGCCUAUGCAGCUUGGUCACUUGCUGCUCUUGCUGCAACCUUUCAGUGCUAUGGCUUUCCAUCGUCACUUUUAAUGAUACAAAAGCCUCCGCCAAAGCUAUUUAGUUGUCCAGUCAACGAAUUAAAUGUAACAAGGGUUACCCCACCUUGAAACUUUUACGUGGCAAGAUCCUACCCUGGCCUUAGAGGGUGUUGCCGGGUCUGGCAGAACGGGCAACACGCCUCGACGGCCACCCCACCUCUCAUGUACAAGUGGUCAAAUGAAAAUGAGAGAUUGUUAUUUCAACUACACCGUACCUAGUGUCCCCCACCUCCAUGUAAACAGUUGGGUCAUGCCGCUGCUUCCUACAAGAAAACUUGUUUUGUUUGUUUAUUUGCUUGUUGGUUUGUUUGUUUUUGCAGUUCUUCUUGUACCAAUCUUCAUAACUCACACCAAGAAAACGGUCGUUACCCAACAACUUCAAUACCUUCGUCUUGACUACUGCUUUGGACUGGCCCAUCACUACAACAUCACCAUAACCGUGGUCGCUGAUGAUCAGCAGUCGGGCUUUGCUACUUACGCUUGUAAGAAGACCUAUAAACAAGGAAAUUGUGACGUGAGGACUCCAUAUCGUGACAUAUCUGGUGGACCGGCUAACUUUGUAGAGGUUAGCUUGGAUGGUCCACAAGACUAUGGUCCCGUGGUUGUGAUUGUGCGUGGUGAUGGGCGAUAUAAACUACCCAACAACUACAUCCUAACAGCUUCGUCUCCUCACUAAAGAUGACCUGACAUCAAAUUGAAGGAGAGUCUUUUACAUUUUUUUUAAUGUCGCUUUAUUAAAGGUGCUUGUUUAUAUCAAAAAAGGAAUAUCCUGGCAACGAAGUAUAAGAUUUAAGUGCUGAGAUCUUUUGUCUUUAUUAUAGCUGUAGCAGAAUAGAACAAUUUUGAUAUAUU